AGUAUGCAUGAAUCAUCAGCGAAAUGCAGACUCAACUGAGACAUCAACAGAAGGUUCUAAAUAUGUCACUUUGAGUAAUAUUUUCACGUCAAUAGGAAACUCAUUAAAUAUUUUGAAAAAUUAUGAGGCAAAUUUUUUAAAAAUAGAAGAAACUCAAAACAAUAGAUUAAACGAAAAGGAUAAUUGUUUUGGAACUAAAAUCCAAGAUUCGUACGACCAAGAAGACAUUGAUAGUGAAGAUACAUCCCAAAGUAAUUACGACGAGAUAACAAGACGCUUAGAAGCAUACAGUGACGGAGAUUACAGUUAUCCUGAAUUUUAUUCAACUAAUAAAAUAACCUACGAGAGUUUCAGUAGUCCAGAAUUUUUUCGUCACUUUAAAACACCAGUGCAAGGAGAGUUGGUGAUGACAACCUCGCCGGCACCAGUAUUCACUGGAAGGCCUGGAGAUCCCUCGCCGCCGAUAUUCGAGCAAAUAUUUAAAAAUGCAAGGUUUGCACAAGGCGGCAAUGCUAUUUUUGAUGGAAGAGUUAGAGGAAAUCCUAAACCUGCUGUUUCUUGGACACACAAAGGAGCUCCUUUGAGGGAGUCACAGAAAAUUCGGAUGUCUUAUGAUGAAAAUACUGGAAAUGUUACGCUGCAAAUAAAUCAAAUUGGGCCUGGUGAUGAGGGAGAAUAUACUUGCAAUGCACGAAAUCAAUAUGGUGAAGCUAUUUGCUCAGUCUACAUUCAACCUGAAGGUUUUGGUCCUCCACCAAAACAAGGCUACAAGGAUUAUCAACAACGUUACUCUCAGACUAUCGACAAGCGUUACACCAACGGGUCAACAACAACCACGACAGUUACCACCGAAGAAUUCAAAGUCGACACAUUCGAGUACAGAUUAUUGCGUGAGACAGAAUUCCGUGAGUCUGUAACACGUCGUUAUGUUGGUGAAUCUGAUUCCCAAGUGUCAACGACAGUAGACCGUAGCCUUGGUCCUGUUGCGCCUCCACAAAUAAGCCAGAAACCGAGAAACUCAAAACUUGUUGAAGGCUCUGACGCUGUAUUCACUGCUAAAAUAUCCGGAAAUCCUAAAUCGAGGACAACGUGGUUCAAAGACGGCCAAAGACUCCGCGACUCCCAGCGUAUAGAAACAAUCCAUUCAAACCAACAAGCAACUCUGCGUAUCGUCGGAACAAACCAAAGCGACAGCGGACAUUACACCCUGCUGGCAGAAAACCCUCAAGGUUGCACAGUGUCAUCAGCUUACUUAGCGAUCGAGCAAACUGACCAAGUAGACCAUGCCCAGCCGCAGUACAUUCAGAGAGAAGCAAUAAAAACCGUUGAAACUAUUGAAACAACAACUCCAGAAGCUAACAAAGCCUUGCCACCGAACUUCGUUCGCACUUGCGCUGACCGCGACGUUACCGAAGGAAAAAUGACCAGGUUUGAUUGUCGCGUCACUGGACGUCCUUAUCCAGAAGUCACCUGGUACAUCAAUGGUUACCCAGUUGUCAAUGAUGCAACCCACAAAAUUCUUGUUAAUGAAAGCGGAGAUAACUCAUUGAUGAUCACCAACGUUACACGCGUUGACGCUGGUACUGUUACAUGUGUUGCUAAGAACAAGGCCGGUGAAACAUCGUUUCAGUGCAAUCUUAAUGUUAUUGAGAAGGAACAAGUUGUAGCACCGAAAUUCGUCGAAAGAUUCACCACGACUAAUGUUAAAGAAGGAGAGCCGGUGGUUUUUGCUGCUAGAGCUGUUGGUACACCUAUACCGCGUAUAUCCUGGCAAAAGGAUGGAGUACCGCUAGCACCUGGGCCCGACGUACGCAUUACAACAGACGGAAGUGGAGCAUCAACGCUAGAUAUUCCUUAUGCAAAGUACACAGAUGCAGCCUGGUACCAAUGUACUGCUCAGAAUGUUGCUGGAUCUACAGCAACUCGCGCCCGGCUCUUUGUUGAAACGGCAAAAGGAGCGACCCCUGAACCAAGACGCCUGAAUUUACCCCGACCGACUAAAGUCAUCGAACCAGAACCUGCGCCUGGUCCUGAAGUGAUUUAUUUGAGACACGUGGAACGUGCUAAACCUCACUUACCUCCCGCUGAGGAAGACAGGAUUUAUCCACCUCCGAGAUUUAUCGUUCCACUACGAGAUGUUCACCAAAUCGAGGGUGGACGCAUACACUUCGAGGCCAGGAUCGAACCGGUGGGCGACCCUACUAUGAGGGUCGACUGGUAUGUCAAUGGAAGAGUUUUAGAAGCAAGUUCCCGAGCAAAUACACUCUUCCGUUUUGGUUUCAUUUCUAUGGACUUGAUCAGCGUGGUACUCCACGACAGCGGUGACUAUGUUUGCCGUGUUGUCAGUUCAACCGGAGUCGCUGAAUCUCGUGGUGUUCUUAGUGUUACACCACGUGCAACAAUUGAACAAACAAGUCAGCAUCCAGAUAGUCUUCGAUACAUACAGCAGCUCGAGGAUUACUCAAAAUACCAAAGACAAGAGAGCAUUGAAGAUCAAUCAUCCCAACGACCGGUCUUUAUCCGUCCACUUCAGGAGCUCGGUGAACUUCAAGAGGGCCGUAAUGCUCAUUUUGAAGCUCAGCUUACUCCUGUCAGUGACCCCACUAUGAAAGUUGAGUGGUACAAAGAUGGAAGACCAAUUACAGCUAGUUCAAGAAUUACGACCAUCUUCAACUUCGGAUACGUCUCGCUAAAUAUAAUGCACCUACGGGCUGAAGAUGCCGGUUCUUAUACUGUGAGAGCUGUUAAUCGUAUGGGAGAAGCAAUAAGCACUGCGUCUCUUCGUGUCUUUGCACGCACCAGCGUAACCGCAGACCUUGGAAUUCCCGAGCAGCAAAAGUAUAUCGAGGCUGCUGAAGAACUGGAGGCAUAUCAGCAAGCUAUGCACCAGAAGUAUGUUAGAGAAGAACCAGAACCAACGAGUCCACCGGAGUUUAAAACGCCGAUUAAAGAUCAGAUCAACAUUCGCGAAGGCGGUUUCGCUCACUUCGAGGCACGCUUAGAGCCAGUGGGUGAUUCUAGUCUUCGCGUUGAAUGGCUCAAAGAUGGACGUCCCGUAGAAGCUAGUUCAAGAAUCACAACUUUCUUCAACUUCGGGUACGUCGCCCUAACCAUAAAAUACGUAACAAUCCACGACGUCGGAAUUUACACCUGCCGCGCGUACAACAGCGUCGGCGAAGCCCAAACAAUGGCCCAAAUGAGCGUGAUAAGCAAGAACGACAUAAUCUACGACAGUCAGCACCCUCAAGGUCUCCAGAAGAUCCAAAGUCUCGAAGACUCAAGCCGCUACCAGCGGCAAAUCUCCGAACAAACUUCAGUAACCCAAAAGCCGCGCUUUUUGGGCCCUUUAAAAGGAACCAACAAGAUUGUAGAAGGCCAGAGGGCGCACUUUGAAGCGCGAGUCGAGCCGCAAAGCGACUUAUCAAUGAAGAUCGAGUGGUACCACAACGGCAAGCCUAUCACUGCCGCGAAUAGAAUCCAGACUUACCACGACUUUGGCUACGUCGCUAUCGACAUUCUUCAGGUUCGUUCGGAAGAUGCAGGAACUUACACAGUGAUCGCUAGAAACGCUUUAGGAGAAGCUCGCCUCCAAGCGACGAUGAUCGUAGAGACUAGGUCGGGAAUUGACACAAGCAGCAUGCAUCGUGGCGCUUAUGAAAAAACUCAGCGCUUGGAAGAGUCUAGGUUCGUGGAACCUCAGUAUCAUAUCGAAGAAAUUUCAAAAUCGAAGCCGAUCUUUGUUCAGCCCUUGAGCGACCCCAAGCCCGUUAGUGAGGGGAAGAAUAUUCAUCUGGAGUGUCGCUUGGAGCCGAUGGGAGAUCCCACGAUGCGCGUCGAGUGGUUCCAAAAUGGCCGCCCGAUAACAAUUGGUUCCAGGUUCAGAACUUACUACGACUUUGGGUUCGUCGCUCUGGACAUAGUUGGCACCACUGUCCUCGACUCGGGAGAAUUUACCGUCAGAGCUACCAACCAUCUUGGCUCCGCGCACACUUCUGCGUGCGUAAGAGUCAUCGGAAGGUCCGACGUGGUCACUGAGUCGCAAAAUGAGCAGUCUUUAGAACAAAUUCAAAUGCUAGAGGACUCAUCAAAAUACAGAAGACACGUUCAAGAAGAUGUUACUGUGGUUCAGGCGCCGCAAUUCACCAGAGCGCUCCGUAAUAUUGAGACUGUGGAACUGACCAAUGUUCAUCUGGAGUGUCGCUUACAACCGGUGGGAGAUCCUACUAUGAGAGUCGAGUGGUUUGUUAAUGGAAUGCCUGUCACUAUUGGCCAUCGCUUCAGACCUUCUUAUGAGUUUGACUAUGUAGCUAUGGAAAUUCUGGGGGUAAAUCCUGAAGAUUCGGGGGUUUAUACUUGUCAAGCGAGGAACCAGCUUGGUGAAGCGGUCACCUCGGGGUCUGUUCGUGUUAGAGCUAAAAAAGAUCUUAUUUUGGAGUCUCAGCAUCCUGAGGGACUGGAGAGGAUUCAGUAUCUUGAAGACGCCUCGAGGUAUAAAAGGAAGGAACUUAUUGAUGAGGUUGUUAAUGUUAAACCCAAGUUUGUUACUUCUCCCAAAAAUCAAGAGGAGCUUCUUGAGGGAGAGUACGCUCAUUUUGAGUGCAAGCUUGAACCUGUGACUGACCCGAACUUGAAGGUGGAGUGGUUCAGAAAUGGACGUCCGGUCACAAUAGGACACCGUUUCCGUCCCAUUCAUGAUUUCGGUUACGUUGCACUCCACGUAACAGAUGUAAUUCCAGAAGACUCUGGAACCUACACCUGUCGUGCAACGAAUCUCGUCGGCAGUGACGAAGUAAGCUGCGUCCUCAGCUGCCGUUCAACAGCCCAAGUUCUCACCAGCACCCAGAACGAGACCGGCCUUGAACAGAUUCAUUACCUAGAAGACCGAAACAAACAUAUUCGCCGUCGCGAAGUAAUGGAAGAAACAACAACCCAGGCGCCAAUCUUCACCACUUCUCUGAAGAGCGUCGAGAUAAAAGAAGGACAACGCGCGCACUUUGACUGUCGCUUGAUUCCUGUUUCUGAUUCUACCAUGAAAGUAGAGUGGUUCCACAACAACGUGCCAGUGAAAGCUGGUUCCAGAUUCGUUGAGACCAACAGCUUUGGCUUCGUCGCUCUGGACAUCAUGUAUGCUUACCCAGAAGAUGCUGGUACCUACACUUGUCGCGCGAAAAAUGCCAUCGGUGAAGCUAUUACUUCAGCAACUGCUGUUGUUCACACCAAAAAGUCAAUCUACAUGGAGUCCCAGCGCGAAGAAGUUCUUCAGCGCUUACAUCAGCUUGAAGAUCAUUCAAGAUACCAGCGCAAACAGACUCAAGAAGAAACUGUGUCUCAGGCACCAGUCUUUACUAUGCCAAUUAAAGAUCUUCGCGUUGCUGAGAAUCAGGCUGCUCAUUUUGAAGCUCGGGUUAUUCCUGUUGGAGAUGCUCGGCUUAAGAUUGAGUGGCUUCGCAAUGGUGUUCCUAUUGAAGCUUCAAAUCGCGUAACAACAAUGCACGACUUUGGCUACGUCGCGCUCAACAUGAAAUAUGUUAAUCCAGAAGACUCAGGAACUUAUACCUGCAGAGCUAUCAAUGAUCUUGGUGAAGCAGUAACAUCAGCCACACUAUUUGUCCAAUCAAAAGCAGCUCUGCAACUAGAGUCACAACACGAGACAGCAUUGACAAAGAUCCAAGCAUUGGAAGAUUCGAGCAGAUAUCAGCGUCGCGAGGAAGAAGAAAUAUCUGUUAAAGAAAAGCCACGUUUCACUGUUAGGCUAAACGGUCCAACGAGUUUAGUUGAAGGGCAAAGCGCACACUAUGAGUGCCGCAUUGAGCCCUAUCCUGACGCUACCAUGAAAGUCGAGUGGUUCCAUAACGGACAGCCACUCUCCACAGGACACAGAUACAGAACAACAUGUGACUUUGGAUUCGCGGCUUUAGACGUUUUGACUGUCUAUGCUGAAGAUUCAGGCACAUACACUUGCAAAGCCACCAAUAAACUUGGCUCGGCUCAGAGCUCCAUUGAGCUUUCUGUUAAAUCUCGGGCGUCUAUUAUUAACGAAACUCAGCACGAAAGUGCUUUGAAGAAGAUUCAGUACUUGGAAGACGACUCCAGGUUUAAGCGAAUUGAACGCGACGAGUCAUUCGUCGCAGAGAAACCCAAAUUCGGACGGCCGCUGAAGAAUAUUGAGCACUUGCCUGAGGGCAAGAGUGCGCAUUUGGAAGCGACCUUGACGCCAGUCAAUGAUCCUACCAUGGUUGUUGAAUGGUACAGAGAUGGAAAUCCGAUUCCGCAGGGCCAUAAAUUUAAGACCACUUACGAUUUUGGCUUUGUUGCUUUGGAUAUUCUAUAUGCUUAUCCAGAAGACUCUGGUACUUAUAUGUGCAAGGCUAAGAAUGCUGUCGGGGAAGCUGUUACUACUUGUGUCAUCACUGUUGAUUCUAAACAAGGUUUAUACCUGGACACCUUGGACGCCCAGCGCCUCGAAAAGAUCCGCGCCCUAGAAACAGUAGAAAUAAAAGAAGUAGCCGAAAAAGAAGUAAUCUACCAAAAACCAGUUUUCCUAACCCCCUUAAGCAACCUGGACCACUUAAAAGAAACCGAGCACGCGCACUUGGAAUGCCGAGUGGAGCCAAUAAACGACCCGAACCUCAAGAUCGAGUGGUUCCACAACGGAAAGCCCGUAAAAACCGGCCAUCGUUACCGAAUGACCCACGACUUUGGCUACGUCGCCUUCGACAUUCUCUACGCGUACCCCGAAGACUCAGGAACCUACAUGUGCAAAGCGACCAACCUCGCAGGAGAAGCCGUCAACACUUGCACAAUCCGCGUAGGCUCCCGCCGCAGCAUUCUCUUCGAUACCCAACACCCUGAUGGUCUCGAAAAGAUCCGUGAGCUUGAAGCUCAAGGCCACCCGGCCAGACUAGAAGUCGAAGAGCCACCAGUCUUCCCACCGCGAUUCGUCACAGAGCUACGUGGAACCACCGAGAUUUACGAAGGCCAAACAGCUCACUUUGAGUGCCAAGUAGAGCCUUUGCACGACGCGAACCUUAGAAUAGAAUUCUACCACAAUGGCAAACCCCUGCCAUCAGCUUCUCGCUUCCACGUGACCUUCGACUUCGGUUACGUCGCCCUGGACAUCACUCACGGAGUCCCCGAAGACGCAGGCGAGUACUCCGUCAAAGCAAUCAACGCUCUAGGCCAAUGCACGUCAACAAUUAGCUUGAAAGUGAUUCCUCGCGAUAAUAUCAUCAUGGAUCCUCAGCGUCCGGAAGGACUGGACAAAAUCCGCGAGCUAGAAUCCGCUCAGCCUUGGAAGCGUCCUGAAGUCUCUGAACCAGUGACACGCCAGCGCCCAGUCUUUACUCAACCGCUGCAAAACAUCGAUGCAUUACCAGAGGGAGAGACAGCUCACUUCGAAUGCCGCUUAAUUCCCGUCGGCGACCCGACUUUGAAGGUAGAAUGGUUCAGAAAUGAACAGCCUCUAGGAGACAGCUCAAGAAUCACCAAGGUCCACGAUUUCGGCUACGUCUCUCUGGACAUCAAGCACGUUCGCGAGGAAGACGAAGGCGUCUACAUGUGUCGCGCUUCUAACCCACUCGGCGAAGCAGUCACCACUGCUUCAAUGAAAGUCAGAACCAAAGCAAGCAUCCAAUUGGAGAGUCAGCAUCCAGAAGCUCAAAAGAGAAUCGCUCAGUUGGAAGCCGACAAACCUGGACGCGCUGACGAGCCAGAAAAAGUCUUCGACAAGCCGAUCUUCACCCAACUUCUCACCGGACCCAAUGAACUCUGGGAAGGCCAGGUUGCUCGUUACGAGUGCCGAGUUGUCCCGGUAGGCGACGCUAGUUUGAAAUUCGAGUGGUAUGUUAAUGGCGUGGAACUUAAAAUGGGAUCUCGCUACCAUGUUAGUCAUGAUUUCGGCUUUGUUACUUUGGAUAUCUUGAAAGUAAUCGCGGAAGAUUCGGGAGUUUACUCUUGCAAAGCGAUUAACAAAGCUGGAGAAGCGGUAUCUUCUAUUUCUUUGAAGGUUAAAGCGCGCUCGGCGAUUGACCAAGACGCGAUUCAUACAGACGCUUGGCAGAAGAUUCAGUUGAAAGAAGCUGAGAUGAACAAAGUUCCUGAAAUGUUCGUUGAUACUACACCUCAGCAAGCGCCGGUGUUCACCACACACUUGAAGAGUUACGACAAGCUUCAAGAAGGCCAGCAUGUUUACUUAGAAGCCCAAGUUGAGCCGCGAGCUGAUCCGAAUUUGCGAACUGAGUGGUUCAAGAAUGGAGUCUCUCUUCAAACUGGAACCAGACUACGCAGUACUUUUGAUUUCGGCUUGGUAACCUUGUCAAUCAACGGUUUAAGAGCAGACGACUCUGCUCUGUACACCUGCCGAGCUACGAACCUCCUAGGUGAAGCUGUGUCAACUUGCAGUCUCAAAAUCGACGACCGUCAUUGGCUUCUAGGAGAUACUCUCCAUCCGGAUGCUCUGUCAAAAAUCGACGCGCUUGAGCAGCCUCUUGCUCCAACUCCAGAGCGGCCUGAACCUACUUAUGAAGAGCCGGUGUUCAUCACUCACUUGAAUAAUGUAGAGUGCACUGAAGGCGACAACGUCCACUUUGAGUGCAACGUAGAACCUUCCAAAGACCCAACGAUGCAAAUCGAGUGGUUCAUUAACGGCAAGCCUCUUCCAACUGGUGCUAGGUACAAGACUAUCUAUGACUUCGGCUUUGUCGCAAUGGACAUGGUCCACGCUUACGAGGAAGACUCAGGAAUGAUCACUGUAAAAGCUACCAAUUCUAAAGGAUCUGCGCAGACUACUGGGACGUUGAAGUGCACCAGUAAGCAGAGUAUUUACCUGCAAACUCAGCAUCCUCAGGGCCCAGCAGGGCUUGAGAAGGUCCAGGAGGUGGACGAAGCCUUCCAAUCAAGGUCCAGGAGACCCGAAGACGCUCCUGAGCCUCAGUACCCAAAACCUGUUUGGACAGUACCGCUCCAGGCAGAGUUCAAGCUUGGAGAAGCCGAGCCGCUUCAUCUGGAAGGACAGGUCGAGCCUAAAGACGAUCCUAACUUGAAGAUCGAGUGGUACUUUAAUGGAAAAGCCCUGGAACAUGGCUCUAGAUUCAAGAUGACCAGCGAUUUUGGAUUUGUUACGCUAGAUUUAACUGAUGUCUAUGAUAGAGACUCGGGAAUUUAUACCUGCAAGGCUUACAACAAAGCCGGAGAAGCUUUCACGGCGACAACUGUCUACUGCUCGACUAAGGAGAACAUAAUUGAACGCUCUCAGCAUCCCAAAGGGAAGGAAGGGCUAGAAGCGAUCCAAGAUCUUGAAGAGUCAUUGAAGAGACCUGAUGGCAAACCUAUGGAACCUGAAGAAGGACAUCCUCCGGUGUUUACUUCCCAGUUUGAGAACUUGGUGAAUCUUUCUGAAGGUGAAAUUGCCCACUUUGAAGCUUCCUUGACCCCCACAGGGGAUCAGACUAUGGUAGUUGAGUGGUUCUACAACGGAAAGGCUCUAGAAGCCAGCCACAGGAUCAGAACAGUUUAUGCCUUCGGCAUGGUGGUUCUUGAAGUUCUGGGAACCAAGAUUGAAGACUCAGGAACUUACUCCUGCAGAGCGACGAACAAAUGGGGCCAAGCUGAGAUUUCUGUGAACCUAGAGUGCGUUGACAAGUCCAAAGGACAGAAGCCUAAAUUCACGACGCACAUCCAGUCGUUGGAGGGACUUAAAGACGGGCAAUCGGUUCACUUUGAGUGCACUUUGAUUCCUGUUGGAGAUCCUAACAUGAAGGUCGAGUGGUUCCACAACGGAAAGCCGCUGAGACACUCAUCGCGCUUCAAAAUGGUGUCUGAUUUCGGGUUCGUCGUGAUGGACAUCGCUGGAGUUAUGUCUCAUGACAGCGGAGAGUACGUUUGCAAAGCGAGCAACAAGUUCGGGGAAGAUUUCACCAAAGCUACCAUCAAGUGCUUCGGAAAGAGCGGAGUCUAUUUAGACUCUUUGCAGCCUGAUUCUUUGGCACGAAUUCGGGAACUUGAAGCUUAUGGCGGCGAACAGCCUGCUGUUCCUUCAACACCUGUUGCGGAGCCGCCUAAAUUCAUCACUCAGAUAACAGACAUCACUAAACUUGUAGAAGGCCAGUCGGCUCACUUUGAAGCAAGGUUAACUCCAGUUACUGACCCGGAUCUUAAGGUCGAGUGGUAUUACAACGGAAAGAAGCUUCCUCAUGGUCAUAGAUACAGAACUUUCCACGACUUUGGCAUAGUUAUCCUUGAUAUUCUCUACUGUUAUGAAGAAAACUCUGGCGUUUAUGAGUGCCGUGCUGUUAAUAAGUACGGAGAAGACUCCACUAAGGCCACUCUUAAGUGUAUGUCUAAAGCUAGUCUCAUCUUGGAGUCCCAGUUGCCGAAAGGAAUGGAGAAGGGCCUUGAAAAGAUCCAAACUCUAGAAGACUCUAUGAUCAGAACCAAAGAUGAGAAGGUUACAGAAGAACGCGGCAAGGCUCCGAUGUUCACAGUGCCUCUGAGCAACAUCGACGGACUUCGUGAAGGCGAGAGUGCUCACUUUGAAGCACGCUUGACUCCCACAGACGACCCUAAGCUGAAGGUAGAGUGGUUCUGGAACGGCAAGCCUUUAAGAACUGGCUCACGCUUCAGAACUUUCUGCGACUUUGGGUUCGUAAUUCUAGAAAUCUCUCCCAUUUAUCCAGAAGAUUCAGGAGAGUACAGCUGCCGUGCUUCAAAUGACUACGGUGAGGCAGUAACUAGCUGCACGAUGAAGUGCACCGGAAAGCGAAGCAUCAUCCUGGAAUCUCAACUGCCCAAAGGAAUGGAGAGCACUAUAGAUAAAAUCGCGGAACUAGAAGGUCUAGGUGGAGAACCAGGUCAAAUAAUUCCUGAUGAUGAUACUGGCCGUCCUCCUGAAUUUAUCACAACUCCCUCGGACUUGACUCUAAGCGAGAACUCUCUGGCUCACUUCGAGUGCCGUUUGUUGCCGGUAAAUGACUCCAGUAUGAGAGUAGAGUGGUUCCACAAUGGCAAAGCUCUGAACGCUGGUUCUCGUCUCAAGACUAUUCACGACUUUGGCUUUGUUAUUCUAGAAAUAGCCAAUUGUUACCAACGCGACUCGGGUCUGUACACCUGCAAAGCGACCAAUAGGCACGGAGAAGCUACAGUUUCCUGCAAGUUCCAGGUUCGCGGCCGCCAGGGUAUUGUUCUGGAGCCGCAAUUGCCGACUAACUUCAAAUCUGGAACGGAGAGCAUCCAGAGGCUUGAGGAGGCUUUGUAUAAAAAGGACGAGAUUCUUACAGAAGAAGAGCAACCAAAUCCUCCUAAAUUUACAGUUGAGUUGAAGGAUAUUGAAGUUGAGGAGGCUGCGGCGAGUCACUUUGAUUGCCGCGUGGAACCUAGAGGAGAUUCUUCCAUGCGAAUUGAUUGGUUCCACAAUGGUAGGCCCUUUGCAACGGGUUCUCGUGUGCAUAUGAUCAAUGAUUUUGGGUUUAUCUCGUUGGACAUGUCUUAUACUUAUGCGAGAGAUAGUGGGGAGUAUGUUUGCCGCGCUACUAAUAAGUGGGGGUCUGCGACGACCAGGGCAACCAUAACCUGUAAGUCUAAGAAAGCGGUUGAUACUGAUUCGCAGCUUCCUUCAGGAAUGAGUGGGGAAAAGUUGAAGGAAUUGGAACGCGGACCUGUUAGUGAGCCGGCUCCUGUUGAAGAAAUCCCGCGAAUUCCGCCCAAGUUUAUAACUCAGAUCCAGUCUGCGACUGUUGAAGAAUCUGAACCGGUGAGGUUCGAAUGUCGCGUUGAGCCGAAAGAAGAUCCAACGCUGAGGAUCGAGUGGUGGAGAAAUGGAAAAUUGAUCCCGGCUGGGCACAGAUAUCGCGCUGUUUAUGACAUGGGAUUCGUUUCCAUGGAUAUUCUGUAUGUUUAUCCGGAAGAUUCGGGAGAAUACGUCUGUCGGGCGGUUAAUAAUUACGGAGAAGAUUCUACUAAAGCCUCGGUUUCUUGCAAAACUCUCCCGAGUAUUAUUCUGCAGAAUCAAGUGCCCAAGGGCAUGAAGAGAUCGGAAGCUUUGAUGCAAAUGGAAGCUACUAUUAAGAAAUACACCUCGGAAGUUCAUUUGACUGAAGAUGAUCUGUAUGAUGUUGAGAAAAGGCAGCCGCCGAGGUUUGUUACCCAGAUACAGAACCAAACUGAGUUGGUUGAGAUGAAUAGUACGAAGUUUGAGUGCCAAUUGGCGCCUGUGGGAGAUCCUAAUAUGAAAGUCGAGUGGUUCUUUAAUGGAAAACCGCUUCCUCAUAAGAAUAGGUUCCAGCCGAUUUAUGACUUUGGGUAUGUCGCUAUGAACUUCGGGUGGGUUUAUCCUGAAGACAGUGGGGAGUAUCUUUGUAGGGCGACUAAUUUGUAUGGCAUGGAUGAAACUAAGGCGGUUAUUAAGACUUCUGGAAAGCCGGGGAUUGUUUAUGAAUCGCAGCUGCCGAAAGGGAUGAAGAGUAUUGAGAUGAUUAGGGAAAUGGAAGCUGCUUGGCAAGUAGCACCUGAAGAAGAAGUCGAAGAAGACAAACCUCGUACAGCUCCGGUAUUUGUCAGCAAACCUGAACCAGUAGAAGUUGAAGAAUCCGACUGGUCAAGAUUCUGCUGCCGUGUAACUGGAUACCCUAGACCACGGGUCAUGUGGCUGAUUAAUGGUCACACUGCUGUCAAUGGAAACCGCUACAAGUUGAGCUACGACGGAAUGUAUCACCUGGACAUUCCAAAAACCCGCCAGUACGACCACGGAAAGGUCGAGGUAGUCGCUAGAAGCUCAUUAGGAGAAGCUAGAUGCGAGACUACCCUGACAGUGAAGCCACGUAGCGACGAUUACCGCGGUGUCUUGAAGAAUUCACCCAGACCUUGGUAUGAUAUCGGGUUGAGUCAGUAUCAGGCAGAACGUCAGGAUACUGAAUUGGAACGAGUGUUUGAUGAGAGACACCACAACAUGUCUCAGGGUGUUGGAAUAGCAACUGAACAUCAUGGGCAGAAGAUUUUCAAGGAACCAGAGACUGAGUGGCAAAAGUCUAUCAAGACUAAGAGAAAUGAAGAGGGUUAUUACAGCAAACUGAUGGAUCUUGAAGAAGAACAGCUGCUUAAAGAAGCCAGGUUGAGAGAAUCUAGUCACCAGUUUGCUAUUCCUGGAGAAAAAAUUGUCAGUAAUUCGGUAGCCAAGGGAAUGGCACAGAAGUAUCAAGAUAAUUUACAAACAAGCACCCAGGAGACAACAGUAGUUCAACCACCACCAGUCAGACAAGUAAAGAAAUUCACCACCGAAGUUGAUAUCGACUCUGAAAGAAUAAAAGAAAGUGGAAAAUAUCCACCAGGUCCUACUGAAUCGGCAGUUCACGGCCGUGAAGUCCACAUUGCGAAAUCGAAACAAACCCAAAAAGAGGUGAAAGGCGACACAGAGAUAACCAGAAAAAUUACUGCAACUGAGACAACAGAAGUCGAGCACAAAGCUAAGACUCAUGAGCGCGUAGUUCAAGGUCAAGUUAAACCAGCAGUACCACCGGUGUUUACCAAAAAAAUUCAACCAUGCAGAGCAUUCGAGCAAGAGCAAGCCAAAUUCGAAGUCGAGUUUGAUGGAGAUCCUCUGCCAACUAUCAAGUGGUACCGUGAAGACUUCCCGAUUCAAAAUUCAUCUGACCUUCAAAUCUAUACAUUCAGUACCAAGUCAGUGCUGAUCGUUCGCCAAGUAUUUAUGGAGGACUCUGGAGUCUUCUCAGUAGUCGCUGAAAACCGCGGAGGCAAGGCUAAAUGCAGCGCUAAUUUGGUUGUUGAAGAAAGAAGACGUCAGCCUGGAAGAGGUGGAAUUGUUCCACCUAGUUUCUUGACAACUAUUCAAAGUAGUUCUGUGCCAACUGGACAACUCGCCAGAUUUGAUGCUAAAGUCAGCGGUACCAAGCCUCUUGAUGUCUAUUGGCUUAAGAAUGGUAAAAAAAUAACUGCAGACAUCAGAUACAAGACUCUAGAGGAAGAUAACACCUACACGCUUUUAAUUCUUGAAGCGGUUCCAGAAGACACUGGUAAAUACGAGUGCGUAGCAUUAAACAACGCCGGAGAAGCACGUUGCGAAGCUGACUGCAUCGUUCAUGGUGCUGAGUCACCGUCAUCACUAAAGCCAUCUAAACCAUCUACCCCAGGAGUUGAGAAAGCACCGACUGUUCUUGAACCACUCAAAGAUCAGACCAUUAAAGAAGGCGCAGCUGUUGCGUUUGCGUGCAAGAUCAAUGGCAAGCCAAUUCCUUCUGUACAAUGGAAGAAAGGAGACAAGAUUAUCAAGCCUUCAAAAUACUUCCAAAUGCAAAAAGAAGGGGACCGCUGUACUUUGAAGAUUUCUGAAGCUUUCCCAGAAGAUGAAGGUGUUUACAAAUGCAUUGCUAAGAAUCCUGUUGGUGAAGUAACUACUUCAGCUAAUCUUCGAGUAUUAGCGCCUGAUAGUACAGAUGUGUUACCAAAAUUAACACCUCUGAAGGAUCAAAUUGUCAUGGAAGGACAGCCAGCUCAAUUUAAAACCCAAAUUAGCCCACCAAAACUUAAACCAACUGUCCAAUGGUACCGCGAAGGUGCAUUGAUACCACAAUCUCCAGAUUUUCAGAUGAUUCAUGAAGGUAACAACGCAGUUCUUCUUAUCGCAACAACAUACGAGGAAGACUCUGGAGUUUUCACCUGUCGUGCAACAACAUCCGCUGGUACCGUGGAAACCUCAGCUAAGCUCAUCGUAAAAAAAAGAAAAGGUGUCUAUUACAAAACGGUAGCUCCUGAAGAAACGGGACUAGGUGAUAAAACAGGAAGAUUACCGACUAUCGUUACAAGUGUUGGGGGUUUACAACCUGGAAAUUUAAAUUUGGGAAAACCGGGUGAACAAGUAAUCGAAUUAGAUGAAGAAGGAGUUCCUAUUGACACUCCUAUGCAGCCCGGAGACGAGUCUCUCCUUUGGAGACAAGGCAGAGUUGUUCAUCGGGCGCGUCCGAUGCAAGUCACUCCUUGGAGAUCAACAAAACCUAAAUCUAGAGAUGUUUCCGCCGACAAUCUCCAAGCUCGCGUUUCUGAAGUUAAACCGUGGACAGAAGAAGCGGUUGUGCUUAAAAAGUCACCGCAGGUAAUCCGAGAGAUUCCAAGGGCGAAGUUGGAAGAAGUUGAAUUGAAGGCUUCGAAGAUUGAAAAGAGAGAGAUGGUAAAAGAAACACUCGAGACUGUUGAGUUGAAACCGGUUGUUAAAGAUAGUAAGCAGGACAAAAUUAUAGAGCGACUUUUGCGCGAAGAGUAUGUCGAAGAAGAAGACAUGUCACUUAUUGACGUUUCGCGCAGUGAGAAAAUUGAAGUAAGUCAGAAGAUAAAGCCUUGGACUGAAGAAAACGUCGCAUUAAAGCCUUCUAAAGUUGAACGGAAAGAAAUACCGAAAGAAACUGUCGAAGAUGUUCAAUUAAAACCCGUCAGGCCUGAGAAGAAAAAGAUUGAGAAACCUAGUUUAGAAAAAGUAGACUUAAAGCCUGUUACUAAAGUUACAGAUAGAGAGAUAACAGAAACUGGGGAAUUUGUUGAAGAAGAAGACUCGGCAUUUCUUGAUAGGUCAGAAAAAGUCCAAGUGUCUGUCGGAAGUCUACCUCAAGCGAAGCCGUGGACAGAAGAAAAGAUAGCGCUGAAGAAAUCAAAGCCAGUUAGGAAAGAAAUCCCCAAGGAAUCGAUUGAACCGGUUGAAUUAAAACCCGCCAGACCGGAAAAACGAGAAAUAAGGAAGCCGAGUAUCGAAAAAGUGGAACUGAAACCUGUUGUUAAAGAUUUUGUAGAGGAAAGAAGUUUAACUUCGGAAUAUUAUGAAGAAGAUGAUUCUUCGUUGAUGGAGGUCUCGGAGAUUUCUGAGGACAUUUCGAUUCGAAGAGUCAGAAGACCUGAGAGAGUUACUGGGGACGUUCAAGAUCAGCCUAAGCCUUGGACUGAAGAAAAGAUAGCUUUGAAGAAGUCCAAGCCUGUGCGAAAAGAGAUCCCUAAGGAGAGCAUUGAGACAGUGGAGCUGAAGCCUACUAAAGUUGAAAAGAGGGAAAUAAGGAAACUUAGCAUUGAUAAAGUUGAAUUGAAGAAGGUCACUCAGGAAAUUGAUACGAAAAUCAGCAGCACGAGUGAUUAUGUAACUGAAGAAGAUAUUACGUUAUUGGAAAUAUCUGAAGAUGUGUCAAUUAAGCAAGUGAAGAGGCCAAUGCCGGAAAGGAAUGACGUUUUUGGUAAAGUUGAUGAAGUUAAGCCGUGGACUGAUGAAAAGAUAGCGUUGAAGCCUUCGAAACCUGUUAGGAAGGAGGUUGUUAAGGAGAAAAUAGAGACAGUUGAGCUGAAGAAGGCCAAACCUGAGAAGAAAGAAAUCAGGAAGCUUAGUAUUGAGCAGGUUGAUUUGAAACCAGUUACUAAGGAGGUGGUUGUUGAAAAAACUGAAGUUACUACUGCAGAUUUUAGGAUUGAGGAGGAUACUAGUUUGUUGGAUGUUUCUAGAAAGGAGAGAGUUGAGGUUUCUAGGAAACCCGAAGGCCCGAAACCGUGGACUGAGGAGAAGAUAACUUUGAAGAAAUCGGUGCCUGUUAAGAAAGAAGUUGCUAAAGAGACGUUAGAAACUGUUGAGUUGAAACCUACGAAGGUUGAUCAGAAGGAAGUGAAGGUGGAAAAGGUUGAGUUGAAGAAAGUGGUUAAGGAGACUGAGGAGGUUGAAGUUACGGAUAGGUACGUGGAAGAAGAUGUUACUACCAGGUUGGAUGAUUCUAAAGUUGAGAAAGUUGAAGUGAGUUUGAGUAGGCCUGAUCAACCGAAGCCGUGGACUGAGGAGAGAGUUACUUUGAAAAAAUCGAAGCCGAUACAAAAGGAAAUUGUUAAGGAGACGCUGGAAACUGUUGAGCUUAGACCCUCGAGGCCGCAGAAAACGGAAGUUGUCAAAGAAAGUUUAGAGGUUGUAGAAUUGAAGCCUGUUAAGAAAGAAGUUGUUAUGAGGGAGGAAAAAACUGUUACGGAUACUAGAGCUACGUUUGUUGAGGAAGAAGAUACGAAGUUGAUUAAAGUGACGAGGGAUGAAGUUACUGUUGAGGAUCGUAAGACUGAAGAGACUAAAGUUUCAUGGAGAAUGGGUAAGAAGAAACCGUCUGAGGCUCCUUAUACAGAAGAAGAGGAUUCUGAGUUUCUGCAGGUUGAUAAAAGGGAAGAUGUUAGUGAAAUAACGAAGAAAACUGAAGAAGUUUCGGUACCUUGGGCCCGAGGAAAGAAGGUCAAGGAAUUGAAACCUGAAAAAGUUGAUGAUAAAGUGGAAGAAAAACCUGAUGAAGUUUCGCAGGUUCCGUGGAUUCGUGGGAAAAAGAAGCCAAAAGAAGUUGUGACGAAAGUAGAUCAGGUUGAACAAGAGGAUACGACGUUGCUUCAAGUGGAUAAGAUUGAGGAAGUUACUGAAAAGAAGGAGGAAGUUGCUGUUCCAUGGUUGAGGGGGAAGAAGAAGCAGCUUAAGCCGGAGGAAGUUAAACCUGAAGAGAAACCUGAAGAAGAACAGCCUUCAGAGACUUCUCAGUUGCCCUGGAUGCGUAAGAAGCCUCGUAGAGUUAUUGAAAAGAAGGAGGAACAGAUUGAGGAUAUUAGAUCUGUUGCUUUGAAACCUGUGAAGCGGGAGAAGAAACCAGAAGAAAGGGAGGAGAAGGAGGAAAUCGUACUAAAGCCUGUGAAACGAUUGCCGAAAGAAGAGGAAACUACGGAAGAGAUUAAGUUGAAACCUGUUCCGAAAGACAAGCCUGAAGUGGUUCCUCAGAAGGUUGAAGAAGUGGAUGAAGAAGAGAAGCCAAUGGAACUUUCUGUGGCGCCAUGGCAGCGGAAACCAAAGCCAAAGGUGGUGAAGAAGACGAUACCGGUGGAAGAGAAGCCAGAUGAAGUUGAGGAAGAGGUCAAAGAGGUUUCUGAAAUGGAAAUAACACAGUUGAAACCUAAGAAGGUUGUGGAGAAGACUGUUAUCAAAGAAGCGGAAGUUGAAGACUGGAAGUCUGUGAGUUUGAAACCUACUAAGCGGGUUCAGAAGCCUGAAAAGCAGGAAGAGAAGGAGGAAAUUACGUUGAAGCCUGUGAAACGAUUGCCGAAAGAAGAGGAAACUACGGAAGAGAUUAAGUUGAAACCUGUUCCGAAAGACAAGCCUGAAGUGGUUCUUCAGAAGGUUGAAGAAGUGGAUGAAGAAGAGAAACCAAUGGAACUCUCUAAGGCGCCAUGGCAGCGGAAACCAAAGCCAAAGAUGGUAAAGAAGACGAUACCGGUGGAAGAGAAGCCAGAUGAAGUUGAGGAAGAGGUCAAAGAGGUUUCUGAAAUGGAAAUAACACAGUUGAAACCUAAGAAGGUUGUGGAGAAGACUGUUAUCAAAGAAGCAGAGGUUGAAGACUGGAAAUCUGUAAGUUUGAAACCUACUAAGCGGGUUCAGAAGCCUGAGGAGCGUGUUGAUAAAGAGGAAAUUUCGCUAAAGCCUGUGAAACGUUUGCCGAAAGACGAGGAGAGUCAGGAAGAAAUAAAGCUUAAGCCUAUUCCUAAGAAAGAAAAACCUGAAGAAGAAAAACCUAAGGUAGAACUUGAACCGAAGAAGGUCGAAGAUGUUCCGCAAGAAAUUCCUGAAGAGAAGACUCAGCUUCCGUGGAUACGUGGGAAGAAGAAACCUAAAGUACAGGAGAUUCAGGAUGAAAAGAAACCUGAAGAGGUGCCUAAACCUUCGGAAGAAGUGACUGAAGAAGUAGAAAAGACACAGGUUACUUGGAGAAAAUCGAGGAAAGAAAAACCAGAGGAAGAAAAGCCUGAGGAGGUUAAAUUGAAACCAGUUCAAAGGCCUAAGCCAGAGGAGGAAAAACCUGAAGAGGUUAGGCUUAAGCCCGUUCCAAAGAAACCAAAAGUAGAGGAAGAAAAACUAGAGGAGGUUAAGUUGAAACCUGUCCAACGACCGAAGCCAGAGGAAGAAAAACCGGAGGAAGUUCAGCUUAAGCCCGUUCCAAGGAAACCGAAGCCAGAAGAAGAGAAGCCCGAGGAGGUUAAGUUGAAACCUGUCCAACGGCCUAAGCCAGAGGAGGAAAAACCUGAAGAGAUUAAGCUUAAGCCCAUUCCAAGGAAACCAAAAGUAGAGGAAGAAAAACCAGAGGAGGUUAAGUUGAAACCUGUCCAACGGCCCAAGCCAGAGGAGGAAAAACCUGAAGAGGUUAAGCUUAAGCCCGUUCCAAGGAAACCAAAAGUAGAGAAAGAAAAACCUGAGGAGGUUAAAUUGAAGCCAGUCCAACGGCCUAAACCAGAGGAAGAAAAACCUGAAGAGGUAAAACUCAAACCCAUUCCAAAGAAACCAAAAGUAGAGGAGGAAAAACCAGAGGAGGUGGUUUUAAAACCUGUUAAGGUUCCUGAAAAAGUAAAACAACCGGAACAAGAAAAGCCUGACGAAGUAUCUAUUAGUCCUUGGAGGCGCGAUAAGAAACCAAAGAAAGAGAUCGUGCCGGAAAUAAAACCAGUGGAAAUUCCUGAGGAGGUUAUUGAAGAAGAAGAAGAAGAAGUUAUUACAACAAUACGAACUGAAAAUAAACCAAAGAAAACGAAAAAGAUCGUUGAGUUCAAAGAAGAAGUCGAAAUAGUUUCGAUAGAUCAGCAAGAAGUACUUCAAACUGAAGAAGUAACAAAGACUGAAGACCAAGUAGAUGAAGUCCAAGAAGUCUCCGAAGUAUCGUGGAGAAAAACUAAGAAACCCAAACCAAAAAAACCUGAAGAAGUCCCAGUACAAGUUCCUCAACCAGUUGAAGAACAAGAAACAAUCGUCGAAGAAAAGACUGAAGAAACAAUUACGCUUAAACGAGGUAGAAAUAUUGUUAAACCUGAAGAACAAAAGCCUGAAGCAGUUGAACUUAAGCCUUUGGAAGCAAAACCAAUUCCAGAACAACCGGACGAGACAACUGAAACGAGCACAGAAGAUGUUAUGAUCACAAAGAAAAAGAAGACUAUAAAGGCCGUAGAAAUUCAGGAAGAAAAACGCGAAGAUACUGUUGAAGUAGAACGGAUAGAAAAAUCUAAACGGAAACAGAAAAUUCAAAUGGACAUUCCAAUUCCCGAUAAAGACGUCGCACCCAGAUUCAUUCAGAAACUCCAACCAAUUAUUUCUGAGCCAAAUAAACCCGUGAAAUUCACUUGUACCGUAGUCGGUCAUCCAACACCUGCGAUCACCUGGUACCGGAACGAGCAAGAACUUCAUGCUACCGAAAAGUACACCAUGACUGUCGUUGAAACUACCGCAUCUUUAGAGAUAGUCAGAGUUACAGAAGAAGACGUUGGAAUGUACACUUGCCGCGCUUCCAAUCCUGCCGGCACUGCCGUAUCGACAGUCAAUCUCGUUAUCUUCGAAAAAGAAGAAGAAGGAGUAGCUCCGCACUUCGCAACGCCAAUAAAGCCUCUUAUGGUCCAAGAACACCAACCCGCGACUUUAGAAUGCGUUGUAACAGGCACUCCAGCCCCAGAAGUCAAGUGGUACCGCAAGGAAAUAGAAAUCAAGCCUCAAAAAGGCACAGAGAUAACAUUCAAUCCCGAAACUGGUGAAGCUAAGCUGACAAUUCUCGAGCCUACGCCCCAAGAUGAGACAAUUUAUCGCGUCAGAGCGGUGAAUAAGUUUGGCCGAGCUGAAUGCCGUGCUAAUUUGCUAAUUAGCAAUGCAGUUGUCGUGACGAAGCCUGAAGUAAUGCAUGCACCGAGAAUCACCAAACCAGUUCCCGCUUUGAUUGCUCAUAAGGGCAAGCCAUUGGUUCUUAGCGCAGAAUUCGAUAGCACUCCUAAGCCCGAAGUAAAGUGGUUCAAAAAUGGCGUAGAGUUGGUUCCAACUGACAGACAAGUCAUCUCAAUCUACGAAAACACUGCCGAGCUGACCAUUUCUGACGUUACCAAGAAAGAUUCCGGAAAGUACGAGAUCAGAGUUCAGAAUCCCGUGGGUGAAGCUAGAAGCUCUGGCUCAGUGGCUGUGAGAGAACGGGAAGAGAUAGUUGAUGAGACUGAAGACAAACCAAAGGCUCCGUGCUUUGUUGAACCCUUAAAACCCCAAAUUGUUAGCGCUGGAGAAGUUGUUAUCAUGGAGGCUGUAGUGGAUUCUUAUCCUACUGCAUCAUUCCAGUGGUUCCAUGACAACAAACCACUGGAGUCGUCUCCAGCUGUGAGGAUUGUCACCAAGGAAAACAGGUCUGUUCUGCUGGUCAAGGAGAUCAAGCCAGAAGAAGCUGGUGGCUACACAUGCAGGGCUGAGAAUGUUGUUGGCUCAGUUACCUGCACAGCCAGUGUUAAUAUCAUGGAAGUCACCUGGGAAGAAACGACUGAACUUGCGUCUCCGACGUUUGUGAAGAAGCUUUCGCCGGUUCGGGUGAUGGAUGGAGAGAGUGUUAAUUUAACUUGUGUUGUUAAGGGCAAGCCUACUCCUAAGAUCCAUUGGUACCACGAUGACAAGCCUAUCAAGGAAGGCAAGGAAAUUACUAUCUUGCAAGACACUGAAGGGGUUUGUAGUCUUGCUAUUACUGAAGUCUUUCCAGAGGAUGCUGGGGAGUACACUUGUCGCGCUCUUAAUCCUGUUGGUGAAGCUGUUUGUACGACUUCGCUUAUUGUUGAAGCGUACGAGUAUGUUCCGGAUUCAGAGAUUGCUUCUUCAGCAGUUGCUGGAUCACUGAUCAGUGGUUCUGAGGAAGACCUUCUCUCUCCAAAGGAGGCUCCUCUAUCUGAUACCGAUACGGAGGACUCAGCACCGGAGAUUAUUAAAACACUUCCUCAGUUAAUUCCGGCUAAAGAUGGAGAAUUGACUCGAUUGGAAGUAAAGGUAAAAGGUAAACCAAAACCAGAAGGCAAGUGGUAUAAACAGGGUAUUGAAAUAAAAUCUUCACAAGAAUUCCAAAUAGAAGAGUUUGAAGACGGUACAUCUGUAUUAACGAUCGCUGAAACUUAUCCCGACGAUACCGGUGAAAUCGUUUUUGAGGCACUCAAUCCACUGGGUGUUUCAACUACUACCACGUAUUUAUCUGUUGAAGGUAUUCUCGGAACAAAGGAGUACAGAAAGCCGGAAUGGGUAACGCAGAUGGAAGAAAUGCAAGAGGCAUUAAGAGCUAGUCAACAAGUUCCGAGAUUUAUUCAAGAAAUUACUGAUAUUUACACAGAAGCAGGUCAGAAGGUUGUUUUCGAGACUAUAUACUCAGGAAAUCCAGCUCCAGUGGUCGUAUGGUUUAAAAAUGAUAAAAUGGUUGCUAGUACUAAGAACGUGAAGGUUAAACUUAUUGAAGAAGAAAAGAAAACAUCGUUGGUUAUUACGCAUGCGACUCCUGAUGAUGAAGGUACUUAUGUUUGUAAAGCUACCAGUGACAUUGGACUGGCGACUACCAAAGCUAAAUUAAGAGUAACUGGCACUUAUGAACUUGGAGAGGAUGACUGGGAAGUUGAGGAGCAGCCGGAAGAAGUACCAACCAGAAAGAAGAGACAGGAAACUAGGAGAGCCAAAGAAACUAAAGAAAAAAUAAAAGCUCUUAAGGUUAGAGUUGAGCAACGAAAGGAAGCGAAGAGGGAAAAAGCUAUUGCUAGUGAACAGCCGGAUGAUAAGAGCAUCGUCGAUAUUGAAGAAAAUCAAGUCUUCGAGACAACAGAUCAGAUUCAACAUGAAACCUACGAAACAACGAAAGCGCAUCGAGUAGUUUCGGUUCAGGAGCCAGUCAUAACGGAAGCGACAGCUUCAUUGAAGAAAGUCGACGAAAAGACACAAAAAAUCGUGCCUAGACACGAAGAUCGAGCUCAGGUUACUUCUGAAACCUUCGAGACUGUUUCCGUGUCUGAGGUUCAUACUGAGACGAACAUCCAAGAAUUAAAGCGAGUUGAAGCCAAGACACGCAAAGCUAAAAAGACGGUAGAAGCAGAGAAGAAGGACCGAAGGAGAGAAGUUGAAGUUACUAUCGAAGAGGUUAUCAAGAAGCAGAAAGUUCAUCUUCUGAGAGCCGUUGAAGAAAUUAUGGAGCUCCUGAAUGUCAAAGAGUUUGGACCUGGUGAAUCGCCGCUUCGUGAGCUCGCUACUAUAGGAUUUCUGGUCAGCAAUGGAGUUCCGGUUAGCGAAAUAAAUGAAGCUCUUUAUAGAACCGAUCAAUUCCCGGCGCUAAGAACUCCGGAUGCACAAAAUGCUCUAGUUCAAUUGGUCGAGAGAGAAGGCCACGGCGCUUUGAUCACCCAAGUCCUUACUGAAGAAACUACUACUGAUGAAGCUAUUGUCGCGGCUACUGUUGGUUUCCGAGCUUUUAUGAGGAUGAUUGAGCUUGUACACACUACCGUUGAAGAAGUUAUUACUCAUUUCGCUCCCGAAGACUUCCGACCAAGAGCUUGGGAAGUCACUGAAAUUACUGAGGCUGAAGUUGAAGAACACAUCACAGAAAGAGUAUCCGUCGUCCAAACUACAGAGGUCCGCGUAAUGGAGAAACGUGAGGAGAAAAAAGCGAUCCUGAAGCAAGAUGUUCGAGAAAUUAAAGAAUACGAGGACACUCAGCUAGUACACGAAACACUGCACAAAGAAAUACAACCAGAAGAACACGGGUCUCGAGUGGUUGAGGACACACAAGAACAGGAUAGGGAAGUAGUUGAAAUUGAGCGCGAUGAGAGUAGGUUAGUUGUGAAAAAGCCGAAGAAAGAUACGCGAAAAAAGAAAGAAGAAGAAGAAGAAGAAGAAGAAGAAGAGGUUGUGGUAGUUGAAGAAGAAGAAAUAGUUACGAAAAGAAUUAGAAAGCCUACGGGCAAGCAGAAAGUAGCAGUUGAGAUUGAAGAAAUAGUGGAAGAAGAAGAAGAAGAGGAGGAGAAACGUAAGAAAGUUAUCAAAGCUAAAAGACCUCAAAAAGGCGAAGAAGAAAUAGAUUUUGAAGAAGUUGAAGACUUUGAAACAAUUAGAGACACGGCACUGCCAUCUGUGCCAGUUAAUACGUCAGUGCAAAGCCACGAGAUUGUUCCGUUGCGUAGAACUGCGGAACAGGCUCCUGGAAAACCUGACAGUGAAACAGCUAGGGUUACUUUGGAUACUGUGAACGCUUUGGUUGAACAAUACGUUCCAGUUCAGGAGAGCGAAGAUAAGAUCAGCAAGAUCAAGCCAGAUGAGAAGAAAGCUUUGGUGUCGAUAGCUCCAGUUGAGCCGUACUCUACAACGGAGACAACUGUCCAAGGUUCUCAUGGAGAAUUCAAGGGUACCUUCAAGCCAACAACCUUUGAAGCAACACCUGGAGUUGUUACAAAACCGAAAGAAAGCUUGCAAGUUACGGAAAUACUGGCCAGCGAUGCUAAAAUCACGGGAUUAGAUUUGAAGCAGGCUUUGACGAUUCAAAAAGCUGACGUCGCUUUGACACUCCAAGAAGCUACGACUGUCAGUGAGACUACAGUGAAUCAAGGCGAAGUUCCGAGCCAAGACUUUGUAGCGCCUGCUGCAGUGACCGCUGAAGACACAAUGCUGCCUAAUAUCAGUCUUUCUGUCUACGAAGUCAAUGAAGCUGUUACUGAAGACAAACUAGAACAAAGCAAGACAAUUUCUGCAAAGCCACGGGUCAAUAUCAGUGCUGUAGAACCUUUAAUAGUGGAAGAAGUCCAAACUGAAGACAAACCUGGAAAGUACUAUCCGGAAUUGAUUGUUCCGACGGAAAUGGCGACGACCACUGUUGUGGCGCAGAAGCUUUUUAUUACUGAAGAAAUGCAUGCACCGGAGAAAGAAGGGGAGUAUGUGCCAGGAAGAUUGCCCAUUGGUCAGAAAGCUCAGGUGGGCAUGUCAGAAGGCGGGGAGGCGCCGAUUAUUGGUGAGCAGCCGAUUCAGGAGAUGGAAGGGGAGUUUGUGCCUGGAAAAAAGGUUGAUACGUUUGAAGCUGAGACUAAUGUCAAUGUUUUGGAAAGCUUCACAGUUUCUACUGUGGAAACUCAACAUCAGGAAGUUAAUCUUGUGGUUGAAGAAACGAAGAAAGCUGUAGCUGAUUUCAAUGUUGUUGAGAAGAGUUCUGUGUUUACUACAGAAACAGUUACUUCGGAAAAAGAAGUUGAGUAUAAGUUGGAAGAAAGACCGAGUGUCAAAACAGCUGACAGUUCGAUUCUUCCUUUGGAAAUUGGAAGUGUUUCGAGUACAAUUGUUCAAGAGUCUGAGGGCGUUUAUAAUGAACAAGUUAAACCAACUUCUGCAAUCGCUGAAACUAGUCUUCGGCCAGAAGAACAUGUGAUGGUUUCUCAGGUAGAAACUGCAGAUUUGCCGGCUAACUUUAGCGAAGACUUGAAGUACGUCACAGAAAGUGGAAUCGUUUCGGUGCAAUUGACUGAAGCGAAGGUUGUUCAAGAGACUUUCACCCAUGAUCGUGAAGAGAAGUUUGAUUACUCUGCUAAGCCUGAAGAAAAGAUUGUAGACUUGAUUUAUGAUUCAGUCAAGGGUAUUGAAGUCUUUCAGACGACUUCGGUAGACAAAGAAGGUCAUUUAGAGAUCUACGAAAUGCCUGAGAGUCAUCGUGGAAAAGUUGUACCGACGCAUUCUAUCAUAUCCUUGCAGGUUGAAGAGACUCAGCCUGAGGACAAUGUUCAAAAACUUGACAAGUUGGUCCCAGUUACUGGUAAGGCUAAAGUGGGGCAGGAUAACUUGGUAGAAACUGUUGUAGAUAUUACAGUUGUUGAUGAGGGCUUGAAGCCAGUGGAGAAAGAUAAAGUACCUGAGUCGAAGUUUGCUGAAAUUGGGUUGAAUGAAGUAGAAAGUGUGAAGACAACGGAAGUUAUUGUGAAUGAAACUGAGGAAGACUAUAGAAGUGUUUCCAAAAUGGAGAGUGUGUUUGCAACAACUGGAUUCACAACGCAAUCUGCUGUUGAGUUGCAAGAGGUCAGAACUGAAUCACCUACUGGAGAACUACCAGAAGAAGUCCGUGUCAGUGGGAUGGCUCAAACUUCAGCAGUCCCACUUGAAUCGGUUUCUGUUGCUUUGCACGAAAUUGUUGAGAAGGAAGAUGUUUAUAUGGCGGACAUCAAGCCUGAGACUAAGACAGCUAACAUUGAUUACACAGAGACAAGAUCAGGCGCUAGUGUCUUAGAGGUAUUGACUCACGAUCUGGAGAAUGAAUACCAACCGGGUGAGAAGCCACGAGACUUUAUGGCUUCUAGUUCGAUUGACAGUCGAACGAUAGCCAUGAAAUCUGAAGUCUUGAUUGAACAAAGUGCAGGAAAGAUGUCUGAUGACAAACCCAAGACUGCGAAAGCUUUUGGAACUCAAGAAGCGCUUGAUGAGUUAGUUGUCGUUGAGACUAAUGUUGCUGAGGCAGAAAAGCCAAGACUUGAAGAAGCGAAGCCAAUUGAACAGAACGCUCAAUUGGACAUUGCAACUUCUGAGAAUGUUUCGGUGAUGGAAAUUACGACAGCUCAUGCUGAAGAGACUUUACAAACUGAAGAGCUUGUAUCUGAAAAGACUGUUACGAUGAAAUUGACGUCAACUCAUGAAGUGGCGCAGACUGAAGAGACGGUACUUGCUAAUAACAUUGAUGAUCUGUCUGAAGUAAGACCAAAAACAGAAAGCGCUACGCUGCAUCAAAGCGGCUUGGAGAUAGUUCAACAGAUCGAGUUGACGGUUUCGGAAAAGGAAUCGAUACUUCCGGAGGAUGUAAAGCCGAGUUUGAAAAACGUCGAUAUCAGCUUCACGGAAGGUGAGAGUGUCCAAGUACAGUUGACUCAUUCGGAAGAUAAAGAAGGCCAGCUUGAGGAUCAGGUUAAGCCGAAAAGCUUUGAAGCGUCGGUAGACUUUGAAGUUAAAGUUGUAGCAUCGCAAUAUGAAGUGAUGAGUGACACUGGAUUUGGAGAGUUGAAAACAGAAGUUCCGCAAGAUGCUAGACCAUCGGCAUCUUUGCUGCCUUAUGAAACUGCUGUUGCAGAAGAGGUUCAAACACGUGAAACUGAAGCUCCGUUGAAGGAAAUUCAACCUGACAAUCGAGUUGCUGAGAUGUCGUUUGAAAUAGGCGAGAGUAUCAUUGUGUCUGCUGUUGAAACAGGUGACAAAGAAAGACCUUUGGAAGAAGUUGCAAAACCGGAAAAUAAAUUAGCUACUUUUGAUUUUGAAAUGCAUCCAGUUGCUGAAGCUUCAGAAACGAUUACCCAAGAUGGCGCUGGAGAAUUUACGGUAGAAAAAACGCAACCAGCUACUGCUUUGAUGGAUCACGUUACGCACAAAAGCAUUGUGAUGCUCGAGACUUCUGUUGGAGACAGAGAAGGUAAUAUCGAUAAGUUUGUCAGACCUGAAGGAAAAGUUGUUGACGUUGCAUUUGAAGAAGCCAAAAUUUCUUUGAGUGUCACUGAAACGAUUUCGUCUGACAAAGAAAGAGAGUAUGUAAGCAAAGAAGAUAUAGCAACAGAGAAAGCAACGUUUAACUUCGAUGCUCACAGAGUUGCAGAACUUACUGAAGUUACGGCGUCUUCAAUUACUGAUGAGUUGAAAGAAAAGGCUCCAACAUCAGCAGUCGCUAAAGAAGAGCGGUUGCCGUUUGAAGGAGUUAUACAAACAGAAGCAGUAGUUUCUGAAAAAGAAAGAGAGUUUUUGGAGAAGCCUGUUAUCGCUACAAAUAAAGCAGAAAUGAUAAUUGGAGAUCAAGGAAACGUUACAACUGUUUCUGAAGUUAUUAUUGUUGACAAAGAAGGCUCACUAAAAAUUCCUGAGAAACCAGAGGAACGGAGAGCUUCGAUUGAUAUGACAGGACACCCCAUAGCUGAGAAAACUGAAGUUACUGUCGACUCUAGUGCAGGAGUCCUUGAAGAACUGCAAAAGGUAUCAGCCUCUGCAACUCCUUCGCAGACUCCCCUCGAGUCUGUUACAAGGAUUGAGACACAACCAUCAGAAUCUGAAGGUUUGUUAACUAAAGAUCUCAAACCAACGAAAGCACUUGCUGAUUUAUCCGUCGUGGAAGAUCAAAGUAUCCAAGUCACCAUGGUAACGAUAGAAGACAAGGAAUCUGGUUACACGCCAAAAGAUCUACCUGAGACAAAAAUUGCAGAUAAAGCUCUGGUUGGCGGACAUUUGGUCGCAGAAACAACUGAACACGUGGUUGAUUUCAGUACAGAAAUCAUAACUGAAGAAAAACCAGAGUUAUCGACUGCUGUUCUAGAUCAAAUUCCUUUCAAUCCAUUGACUAGCUCACAGAUGAUUGUUGGAGAAACUGAAGAUCAUUUUGUUCCCGAUGUCAAGCCUGAAGACCAUACUGCUAAGGUUGAUGUUGAAUUUGGACGAAGCACUGUCACGAUUUCUCAAGUACUUACGAGCGACAAGGAGACUACUUAUACUCCAGAAAUUUUCCCUAGUGAAAAAGCUGCGUCAAUGAAUAUCAAUUCAACUCAUGAGAUCGCUGAAACAACAGCUACGGAUGUCCAAGAUGCUCUUGGUGAUAUUGAGCGCAUGAAACUUGACUCAGUGAAAGCCAUUACUAGUCAAGAAGUCUUUAGAAGUCUUCAAGUAUCCCAAGAAAUUCCUCAAGACAAAGAACAAUUCUUUGAAGGGAAGUUUAAGGCAAAUGUGAAAGAUGUUGAGGUGGUUAUUGAAGAAGGAAAAGGUGUUACAACUAUUACUGAAAUCACUACUCAGGCCAAAGAAGGUACUCUUGAUGAUUUGGUUAGACCUGAAGCACGAGAAGCAGUACCUACCAUCACAUCAGGUCAUGAAGUUGCAGAACAAACUGAAGUAGUAACUGAUUUACUUGUUGGUCAAGUAGAAACUUUGCAGACAACUUCUGCGACUGCAAGAAUUGGUCAGAAACCUUACGAAACGGUUCAGCUGAUUGAAGAAUUUCUUGGUGAGCGUGAAAGCGAUCGCUUUGAAGUCAAAACAGUCACUUCAAGUGCUAAAGUGGCUGUAGAUGAGCAAAGCUCUGUGAUAGUUGCAACUACGGUGACUCAGGAUGAUGAACAAGAACUGCUAGUUCCGAAGAAACCCAAAGAAGAAAUGGCAAAACCAGGAGUUGAAGGCAAAGAAGUGGCUCUGCAAAGUGAAGUCGUCCCAAAGGAAGGUGUUGAUGAUCUUUUGGUAACGAGACCGACAGAAGCAGUGGCUAAAUCAACUCAAGGAACAUUUGAGAGUGUCAAUGUCAUCGAAGCUAUGCCUGAAGAACUAGGUUCAGAUUUUACGGGCAAGUUUAAGCCUGAUCAACGAAGUGCUGCUGUUUCGUUUGUCGAAGGAAAGAGUGUUACUGUUAAUGAAGUUAUGAUUCAAGAUAAAGAAGGCGCUAUUACAGUAGUUAAACACAUUGAAGGUGUUGCUGAAGUAAAACUGACCAGAGUUGGACAAGAUGUUGCUCAGAAAACUGAAAUCAUUGUUGAUCAAAGUGUAGGAUCUAUUGCGUCGUUCAAGAGUGACUCGAAAAAAGCUCAUCCUACACAAGAUACACUCGAGUCUGUGAUAAUUGAAGAGGUUCCUACAGGAGAAACUGAAGGUAACUUUAUUAAUUAUCCGAAAGCUAUUUCAAGUAAAAUCACGCCGACUUUCGAGGAAGGACACAGUGUGUCUAUCACUGAAGUAACAUCAGGUGAGCGUGAGAAGGUCCUUGAAGAACAAAAACUUCUUGAAUCACGCACUGCUGAAAGAACGGUGAUUACGCAACAUGGCAGUAUUAUGACUACUGUUGUAGAUUCACGGGUUGAUGUUAAGACUGAUGUCUCAGUGGAUGAGAGAACACCUCAGACAGCAACUCCAAGCCAAGAUACUUUUGAAAGUGUCACGGUUUCGGAGAAUAUUAUUGAAGAAACUGAAAAAACAUUUGAAGGCAAGUUUAAACCAGCAACUCAGACAGCUAACAUCGACGUUCAAGAAGUCAAAUCCGUUUUGGUAUCAGAGACAAUGUCUGAGUUUAAAGAAGAAAGCUUUGAAGGUACUCCAAAGAUCCAUACAGUUCAAGCUAAACCUGAGUUCAGUGUUCUUGAAACUGUACAAAAGUCUCAAGUGGAGACGAUUCAUAGUAUCGGCGAAGUGAAAGAUGAAACUACAGUUUCUUCACAAGCGACAAUGACUCAGACGACCAUGGAGUCGGUUAUAAAGACAGAAACGAUGGCAAGUGAAAGAGAAUCCACUUUUGAAGGGAAAUUCAAGCCAGAUGAAUACAAGGGCGUAGCACAGAUGGAAGGUCUUAGUACUGUUACAGUGACGGAGAUCUUGUCUAAUGAGAUUGAAGACACUUUGACAAUUGAUCAACAGCCAAAGGAUCGAAGAGCAUUACCAAAUAUUACAGGUAGAGAAGUGGCUGAAACUAUGGAAGUAGAAACUAUUGUAGGUCCUGAAGAGUUUGAAAAGUUCAAAGGGCCUGAAGGCGUCAAAGGAAGGCCGCAAGUUGAUACUCUCAUGUCUGUUAUUGUGUCACAGACAGUUUCUAAUGAAACUGAAGAGUUUCUUCCUGGUCUCGAAGUACCAUUACAGAAGAAUGUACAAGCCAAUUUAGAUACUCGAGAGAUCGCUGAGGUGUCUGAAGUCGAAAUUAUACUGACUGUUGGAGACUUUGUCAAAGCUGUAAGUCCGGAAGAGAAGAAGGGAAAGCCUGAAAUAGAAGAGUUUGCUCCUUUGACAGUAUCGCAAGUUCUGUCGCAUGAAGCUGAAGUAGAAAUGCCACGUCCUGAAAAACCAAGCAAGCAAAUCGCUCAACCAAGUCUUCUGGGUCGGGAAAUAGCAGAAACGUCGCAGGUAGAAAUCUUGCUUAGUGCUCAGAAGCUUACUGAAGAAUCGGCUCCAGAGGAAAGAAGAGUAACUUUUGGUUUGGAAGAAAUGACUUCAUUGAUUGUUUCGCAGACAAUGUCGGAAGAAGUUGAAAAUGCUCUUCCCGGUGAUGAAAAACCUGCUACUAAGAAAGUUGAAUUUGAUAUUGUUGGUCGUGAUGUUGCUGAAACUUCCCAAGUUUUGACCUUUGCUAGCUUCGAUCAGUUUGAAGAGAAGAAACCGGGCGAACAGAAGGGCAAACCUGGUCUUGAAGAACAUUCCUCCGUUACCGUAUCCCAGGUUAUUUCUAACGAGGCCGAAGAAAAUUUAGCCAGUCCUGAAGUGCCUUCUACGAAGACAGCACAGUCUAAUCUUUCAGGUAGAGAAAUAGCUGAGACUUCAGAAGUUGAAACUCUUAUGAAUGCGGAAAAUCUUGCUAGAGACAGUGCGCCAAAAGGAGAACAAGGCAAGCUAGGAUUGGAGGAGAUGACGUCUGUGAUUGUUUCUCAAACGGUGUCGAGUGAAGCUGAAAAUUUGUUACCAGGUGAAGAGAUACCCAGUACCAAAACUGCACAGCCUGAAAUUUUGGGACAUGACAUUGCCCAAACUUCUCAAGUCAUCACGAUGUCGAGUACUGGUGAUUUUGUCGAAGACAAAGCUCCAGAAGAGAAGAAAGGUCAGCCUAGUCUUGAAGAAAUGACUUCUCUCAUCAUUUCGCAGACUGUAUCUGAAGAAGUCGAGGAACAACUCCCUGGUCAAGAAAAACCAAGUACCAAAACUGCUCAACCAGACAUCAUGGGUCGUGAUGUAGCUGAAACAACUCAAGUCAUCACGCUCAAUGGCUUUGAAGAGUUUACUGAAGAUCAACCAGUACAACAAAAGAGCAAGCCAGGCUUUGCGGAACUAACAUCGAUUACGAUCUCGCAAGUUAUUUCCAGUGAAGCUGAAACUGAUAUGCCGACCGCUGAGCAACCAACCACAAAGACCGCUGAAGCUGAAAUAUUUGGCCAUGAUAUUGCUGAGACUUCUCAAAUUGUUGCACUGUCAAGUACAAGUGACUUUGUCGAUGAAAAAACUCCAGAAGGAAAGAAGGGCCAGCCAAGUCUUGAAGAAAUGACUUCUUUGAUUAUAUCUCAAACUAUCUCGGGAGAAUUUGAAGAAGUUCUUCCAGGUCAAGAAAAACCAACCACUAAGACGGCUCAAUCAGACAUCACAGGCCGAGAUAUAGCUCAAACUACCCAAGUGAUAACUAUGAAUAACUUUGAAGAGUUUUCAGAAGACAAGGUUGUAACAGAAAUAAGCAAAUCAAGUUUCGAAGAAUUAACAUCACUGACAGUGUCACAAGUUGUUUCGAGUGAAGCUGAAAAAGAAAUGCCAAGCGCUGAAAAACCAACUACUAAGAUUGCCCAGUCAGAUAUCUUAGGCCACGAUAUUGCUGAAACAACUCAAGUUGUUACAAUGUCAAGUACAGGAGAGUUCGUAGAGGAGAAAGCUCCUGAGCAGAAGAAGGGUCAGCCAAGUCUCGAAGAAAUGACAUCUCUCAUCGUAUCGCAGACUGUAUCCGGAGAAUCUGAGCAACAACUACCAGGUCAUGAACAACCGAGUUCCAAGACAGCUCAACCAGAUAUUUCUGGCCGAGAUGUCGCUGAAAUUUCUCAAGUCAUAACACUGAAUGGUUUUGGAGAAUUUACCGAAGUAAAACCAGAAGAACAUCGAGGUAAACCUGGAUUAGAAGAACAUUCUUCUGUCAAUGUGUCUCAAGUAGUAUCCAAUGAAGUUGAGGAAGUGUUACAAAGCCCCGAAGUGCCGAAGGGAAAGAAAGCUGAACCAAAUUUAUCAGGUAGAGAAAUAGCAGAGUCUAUUGAAGUCACCACUCAUUUGACAACUGAUGACUUUUCUACACCCCAAGCACCUGAAGGUCAGAAAGGCAAGCCCGGGUUGGACGAAAUGGUUUCUGUGAUAGUUUCUCAAACUAUAUCGAAUGAAAGUGAAAAUAUUUUGCCAAUUCAAGCACCAAGUGAAGUGACAGCUCAACCUAAUUUCCUUGGACGAGAAACGGCAGAAACGAUGCAAGUGACUACUGUUUCUCAUGUUCAAGAUCUUGUUUCAGAAACUGCUCCAGAAGGUCAACGAGUUAAGUCUCGUUUGGAUGAAUUUUCUUCAUUGAUCGUGUCAACAGCAAUGUCCAAUGAAGCAGAAGUGGCAUUACCAAGUCCUGAAGUUCCUACGGAAAAAACUGCACUGCCGAGUCUUCUUGGUCGUGAAGUUGCAGAAACUAGUCAAGUACUAACAAUGACUAGUGCUCAAGAUUUAGCAAGUUCUAAGUUACCUGAAAGUGCUCAAGGAAUGCCAGGUGUUGAUGGAUUGACGUCAGCUAUUGUUUCUCAAGUUUUGUCGAAUGAAAUAGAAGAACAGUUGCCAGGUCGAGAAGUGCCAAAUGAGAAGACAGCUCAACCUCAAAUGACUGGCAGAGAUAUUGCUAUGACGUCACAGACUAUCACGUUAAGUAGUACAGAAGAGUUUGUAAGUUCAAUAAAACCAGAAGAGCAAGAAGGAAUACCAAAUGUUGAAGAAUUCAAGUCAGUUACAGUUUCUCAAGUUAUCUCUAAUGAAUUUGGAGAAAAGUUACCCAGUGCAGAAAAACCUAGUGAAGGUUUAGCUAAAUCUAGUUUGUCAGGCAGAGAAGCUGCUGAAACAAUUCAAGUCACUACUGUUUCCAACACUGAGGAACUUGUGAAGGAAAAAGCUCCUGAAGGUCAAGCUGUACGACCAACAGUCGAUGAAUUAGUUUCCUUGACCAUUAGUCAAGUUGAUACGAAUGAAGCUGAAAAAAGUUUGCCUGAAGACGAGAAGCCGAAAAGAUACCAAGCGAUGAAGCAGAUGGAUAGUAUUGAAGUUGCUGAAACCACUGAAGUGAUAACUGUAACUUCAACAGAAAAAUUACAGGAACAUGCAGUUCCUGAAGAGCAACGAGGUAGACCAAACCUUGAAGAACUUGUUUCUUUGUCAAUCUCUGAAGUAACUCAGGGAGAAACAGAGGAUAUUCUUCCUUCUCCAGAUGUUCCUAAUAAACAAUUAGCAGACUCUAGUCUGAUUAGUCGACCAGUUGCUGAAAAAUCUCAAGUUCUUGCUACCACAACCACCGAAGAGCUUCUCAGUGCACCACAACCUGAAGGAAAGAAAGCUGUUUCAGAACGAAUUCCAUUUGAGACGUUCGAACAAACUAUUCAGCAGACUCACGAGGCUGAAUCUACAUUAACAAUCUCCAAAACAGCUACAUCUGCUCAUGCGGAAGUUUCCAUCAAGACUUCAAAGAGCGUAGAAGUGACGCAGGUAGUGGCUACUGAGAAAGAAGCUAAAGAAGUUAUCAAAGGCAUGGCGAGUGAAGUUAAUGCUCAGCCAGAUAUCAUGGAAAGCCAGGUAGCCGUAACAUCAGAAGUCCUACCCAAGUCAACCGUUUCUGAGUUUGAUGUUGCAAAGCCAGAUAUGAAAACCGCGCGAAAAGUUGAUGACGAGAAUAGAAGUGUCAUAGUAACAGAUUUUGAAACGCUUGAAGAAAUGGAAUCAGAGUUUCCUGAGUCCGUUAAACCUUUCUCAAAGUCAGCCACAGUCACGUAUGAAUCAGAACAUCUAGAGCAGUAUGUUGAAACAACAGAAGCACCAGUCCAUGAAUAUAUACAACCAACAAUACACCAUGAUACACCAAUACACGAAUACACUACAGAUAAAAUACAGCCACAGGUGGAAUCAGACACUGAGGUUACUGAAGAAUACACGACGACAUUUAGGCGAGGCAGUAAAGACGACAGUACUGCUAUUAAAACGAAGAAGACUAUCAUCAGGAAGAAGAAAUUGUCAAGAGAUGAAAGUGAUAAUGUUGUUGUGAUUGAAGAAGUGUUAGAUGAUGUUAAACCACAGGUACAAUCAAUACCAAAGAAGCAAUUUAUGCCAAUUGAAGAAGUUACAGGAGUAUUUGAGAGUGAUGAAACAGUUCCUUCAAUUAUUGAAGAAAUUGAGGACGUUCCGGAAGAAAGAAAAGAUACUGUCGAAAAAAUUGAUGUCAUUAACGUUCAGGAAAAUGGUGAUGAUAGAAAAAUCACGAAAAAGAAAGUUGUUAGGAGAGAUAGAAAAGGACGGAAGGUUGUUAUAGAAGAAACUACGCUUGAGGAAGAAGGUAAAAGUCCUAUUGUUACUGAAGUACCUAUGUCAUUUGAUGAUGAUAUGAGUGAGGUAGAAAAACCAACAAUUAUUGAACAAGAAGAAGUGAAUGAUAAGGUAACAGUUGAAAAACCAGAAAAACAAGGUGAAAAAACAGUGAAAGAAAAAGGCAAAAAAAGAGAUGAUAAGAAAGUUACUCGAAGAAAAAAGACAGGUGAUAGUGUUGAAGAACAAGUGAUUGAAGAUAAAAAUAAGGUAUCAGUGAAGAUCGUUAAAGCUAUGCCUGUCGAGUUGUUUACGGAAGAAGUGACCGAGUUUCAGCCUGAAAUAAUUCAUGUACAACCGAUAGAAGUAGAAGAGACUCGAGAAGAAGUUAUGAUCACAACCGAAAUAACAAAAACUGGUAAACCAAAAAGGGUGAUAAAGAAGAGAAUUAUCCGUAGAAAAGGUAGGAAACAACAGAUAACUGAAGAGCAAACAAUAGAAGAAGAAGGUAAAGAACCUGUUAUAACUGUUGUUGCAAAUCCAGAAGAAGAAAUUAUACCUGAAGAAACAACAGGUGUCAUUCGAGCAAUUGAACCCGUUCAAGCCACUGAAAGAGAAGAAAUUCGUGAAGAAGUAACAGUAACUCGAGAAGUUACUGAAACAGGCAAACCACGAAAAGUUACAAAAAAGAAAAUCAUUCAUAGAAGAGGUCAGAAACAGCAGGUUACUGAAGAGCAAACAAUAGAAGAAGAAGGUAAAGCACCUGUUGUAACUGUUGUUGCAAAUCCAGAAGAAGUAAUACCUGAAGAAACAACAGGUGUCAUACGAGCAAUUGAACCAGUUCAAGCCACUGAGAGUGAAGAAAUUCGUGAAGAAGUAACAGUCACUCAAGAAGUAACUAAAACCGGCAAGCCACGAAAAGUUACAAAAAAGAAAAUCAUUCGUAAAAAAGGUAAGAAACAGCAGGUUACUGAAGAACAAACAAUAGAAGAGGAAGGUAAAGCACCUGUAGUAACCGUUGUUGCAAAACCAGAAGAAGAAAUCGUCCCUGAAGAAACAACAGAUGUCACUCAAGCAAUUGAACCCGUUCAAGCCACUGAGAGUGAAGAAAUUCGUGAAGAAGUAACAGUAACUCAAGAAGUAACUCAAACAGGCAAGCCACGAAAAAUUACGAAAAAGAAAAUCAUUCGUAAAAGAGGUAAGAAACAACAGGUUACUGAAGAACAAACUAUAGAAGAGGAAGGUAAAGCACCUGUAGUAACCGUUGUUGCAAAACCAGAAGAAGAAAUCAUCCCUGAAGAAACAACAGAUGUCACUCAAACAAUUGAACCCGUUCAAGCCACUGAGAGUGAAGAAAUUCGUGAAGAAGUAACAGUAACUCAAGAAGUAACUCAAACAGGCAAUCCACGAAAAGUUACGAAAAAGAAAAUCAUUCGUAAAAGAGGUAAGAAACAACAGGUUACUGAAGAGCAAACGAUAGAAGAAGAAGGUAAAGCACCUAUCAUUACUGUAGUUGCAAAUCCAGAAGAAGAAAUUAUAACUGAAGAAUCAACAGGUGUCAUUCGAGUUAUUGAACCCGUUCAAGCUACUGAGAGAGAAGAAAUUCGUGAAGAAGUAACGGUCACUCAAGAAGUAACUAAAACAGGCAAACCACGAAAAGUUACUAAAAAGAAAGUCAUUCGUAAGAGAGGUCUAAAGCAACAAGUUACGGAAGAGCAAACAAUAGAAGAGGAAGGUAAAGAACCUGUCGUUACUAUUGUUGUAAAUCCAGAAGAAGAAAUCAUACCUGAAGAAACAACAGGUGUAAUACGAACAAUUGAACCAGUUCAAGCCACUGAGAGUGAAGAAAUUCGUGAAGAAGUAACAGUUACUCAAGAAGUAACUGAAACAGGUAAGCCACGAAAAGUUACAAAGAAGAAAAUCAUUCGUAAGAAAGCUCGAAAGCAACAGGUUACUGAAGAAGAAACAAUAGAAGAAGAAGGGCAAGCACCUGUUGUAACUGUUGUUGUAAAUCCAGAAGAAGAAAUUAUACUUGAAGAAACAACGGAUAUAAUACGAGCAAUUGAGCCCGUUCAAGCUACUGAGAGUGAAGAAAUUCGUGAAGAAGUAACAGUAACUCGAGAAGUUACUGAAACAGGCAAACCACGAAAAGUUACAAAAAAGAAAAUCAUUCAUAGAAGAGGUCAGAAACAGCAGGUUACUGAAGAGCAAACAAUAGAAGAAGAAGGUAAAGCACCUGUUGUAACUGUUGUUGCAAAUCCAGAAGAAGUAAUACCUGAAGAAACAACAGGUGUCAUACGAGCAAUUGAACCAGUUCAAGCCACUGAGAGUGAAGAAAUUCGUGAAGAAGUAACAGUCACUCAAGAAGUAACUAAAACCGGCAAGCCACGAAAAGUUACAAAAAAGAAAAUCAUUCGUAAAAGAGGUAAGAAACAACAGGUUACUGAAGAGCAAACGAUAGAAGAAGAAGGUAAAGCACCUAUCAUUACUGUAGUUGCAAAUCCAGAAGAAGAAAUUAUAACUGAAGAAUCAACAGGUGUCAUUCGAGUUAUUGAACCCGUUCAAGCUACUGAGAGAGAAGAAAUUCGUGAAGAAGUAACGGUCACUCAAGAAGUAACUAAAACAGGCAAACCACGAAAAGUUACUAAAAAGAAAGUCAUUCGUAAGAGAGGUCUAAAGCAACAAGUUACGGAAGAGCAAACAAUAGAAGAGGAAGGUAAAGAACCUGUCGUUACUAUUGUUGUAAAUCCAGAAGAAGAAAUCAUACCUGAAGAAACAACAGGUGUAAUACGAACAAUUGAACCAGUUCAAGCCACUGAGAGUGAAGAAAUUCGUGAAGAAGUAACAGUUACUCAAGAAGUAACUGAAACAGGUAAGCCACGAAAAGUUACAAAGAAGAAAAUCAUUCGUAAGAAAGCUCGAAAGCAACAGGUUACUGAAGAAGAAACAAUAGAAGAAGAAGGGCAAGCACCUGUUGUAACUGUUGUUGUAAAUCCAGAAGAAGAAAUUAUACUUGAAGAAACAACGGAUAUAAUACGAGCAAUUGAGCCCGUUCAAGCUACUGAGAGUGAAGAAAUUCGUGAAGAAGUAACAGUAACUCAAGAAGUAACUCAAACAGGCAAGCCACGGAAGGUCACAAAAAAGAAAACAAUUCGUAAGAGAGGCCAGAAACAACAGAUUACCGAAGAGCAAACAAUCGAAGAAGAAGGUAGCGCACCUGUUGUAACUGUUGUUGCAAAACCAGAAGAAGAGAUCAUACCUGAAGAAACAACAGAUGAGAUACGAGCAAUUAAACCCGUUCAAGCUACUGAGCGAGAAGAAAUUUGCGAAGAAGUAACAGUCACUCAAGAAGUAACUGAAACAGGCAAGCCGCGAAAAGUAACGAAAAAGAAAAUCAUUCGUAAGCAAGGUCGAAAGCAACAGGUUACUGAAGAACGAACAAUAGAAGAGGAAGGUGAAGCUCCUGUCGUUACUGUUGUUGCAAAUCCAGAAGAAGAUAUCAUACCUGAUGAAACAACGGAUGUUAUACGAGCAAUUGAACCCGUACACGCUACUGAGAGAGAAGAAAUUCGUGAAGAAGUAACAGUCACUCAAGGAAUAACUCAAACAGGCAAGCCACGAAAAGUUACAAAAAAGAAAAUCAUUCAUAAAAAAGGUAAGAAACAACAGGUUACUGAAGAACAAACAAUAGAAGAGGAAGGUAAAGCACCUGUAGUAACCGUUGUUGCAAAUCCAGAAGAAGUAAUACCUGAAGAAACAACAGAUGUCACUCAAGCAAUUGAACCCGUUCAAGCCACUGAGAGUGAAGAAAUUCGUGAAGAAGUAACAGUUACUCAAGAAGUAACUCAAACAGGCAAGCCACGAAAAGUUACGAAAAAGAAAAUCAUUCGUAAAAGAGGUAAGAAACAACAGGUUACUGAAGAACAAACAAUAGAAGAGGAAGGUAAAGCACCUGUAGUAACCGUUGUUGCAAAACCAGAAGAAGAAAUCAUCCCUGAAGAAACAACAGAUGUCACUCAAACAAUUGAACCCGUUCAAGCCACUGAAAGUGAAGAAAUUCGUGAAGAAGUGACAGUAACUCAAGAAGUAACUCAAACAGGCAAGCCACGAAAAGUUACAAAAAAGAAAAUAAUUUGUAAGAAAGGUCGAAGACAACAGGUUACUGAAGAGCAAACAAUAGAAGAAGAAGGUAGUGCACCUGUUGUAACUGUUGUUGCAAAUCCAGAAGAAGAAAUCAUACCUGAAGAAUCAACAGGUGUCAUACGAACAAUUGAACCAGUUCAAGCCACUGAGAGUGAAGAAAUUCGUGAAGAAGUAACAGUCACUCAAGAAGUAACUAAAACCGGCAAGCCACGAAAAGUUACAAAAAAGAAAAUCAUUCGUAAAAGAGGUAAGAAACAACAGGUUACUGAAGAACAAACAAUAGAAGAGGAAGGUAAAGAACCUGUAGUAACCGUUGUUGCAAAACCAGAAGAAGAAAUCAUCCUUGAAGAAACAACAGAUGUCACUCAAGCAAUUGAACCCGUUCAAGCCACUGAGAGUGAAGAAAUUCGUGAAGAAGUAACAGUUACUCAAGAAGUAACUCAAACAGGCAAGCCACGAAAAAUUACGAAAAAGAAAAUUAUUCGUAAAAGAGGUAAGAAACAACAGGUUACUGAAGAAGAAACAAUAGAAGAAGAAGGUCAUGCACCUGUUGUAACUGUUGUUGCAAAACCAGAAGAAGAAAUCAUACCUGAAGAAACAACAGGUGUCAUACGAACAAUUGAACCAGUUCAAGCCACUGAGAGUGAAGAAAUUUGUGAAGAAGUAACAGUCACUCAAGAAGUAACUAAGACCGGCAAGCCACGAAAAGUUACGAAAAAGAAAAUCAUUCGUAAAAGAGGUAAGAAACAACAGGUUACUGAAGAGCAAACGAUAGAAGAAGAAGGUAAAGCACCUUUCAUUACUGUAGUUGCAAAUCCAGAAGAAGAAAUUAUAACUGAAGAAUCAACAGGUGUCAUUCGAGUUAUUGAACCCGUUCAAGCUACUGAGAGAGAAGAAAUUCGUGAAGAAGUAACGGUCACUCAAGAAGUAACUAAAACAGGCAAACCACGAAAAGUUACUAAAAAGAAAGUCAUUCGUAAGAGAGGUCUAAAGCAACAAGUUACUGAAGAGCAAACAAUAGAAGAGGAAGGUAAAGAACCUGUCGUUACUAUUGUUGCAAAUCCAGAAGAAGAAAUUAUACCUGAAGAAACAACAGGUGUCAUACGAUCAAUUGAACCCGUUCAAGCUACUGAGAGAGAAGAAAUUCGUGAAGAAACAACAGUCACUCAAGAAGUAACUAAAACCGGCAAGCUACGAAAAGUUACGAAAAAGAAAAUCAUUCGUAAAAGAGGUAAGAAACAACAGGUUACUGAAGAGCAAACGAUAGAAGAAGAAGGUAAAGCACCUAUCAUUACUGUAGUUGCAAAUUCAGAAAAAGAAAUUAUACCUGAAGAAACAACAGGUGUCAUAGGAGCAAUUGAACCUAUUCAAGUUACCGAGAGAGAAGAAAUUCGUGAAGAAGUCUCAGUCACUCAAGAAACAACUCAAACAGGCAAGCCACGAAAAGUAACGAAAAAGAAAGUCAUACGUAAGAAAGGUCAAAAGCAACAGGUUACUGAAGAGCAAACAAUAGAAGAAGAAGGUGAAGCACCUGUUGUAACUGUUGUUGUAAAACCAGAAGAAGAAAUCAUCCCUGAAAAAACAACGGAUGAGAUACAAGAAAUUGAACCCGUUCAAGCUACUGAGAGUGAAGAAAUUUGCGAAGAAGUUACAAUAUCUCAAGAAGUAACUGAAACAGGCAAGCCACGAAAAAUUACGAAAAAGAAAAUUAUUCGUAAGAGAGGUCAAAAGCAACAGGUUACUGAAGAGCAAACCAUAGAAGAGGAAGGUAAAGCACCUGUUGUUACUGUUGUUGCAAAUCCAGAAGAAGAAAUCGUAUCUGAUGAAACUACUGGACCUUCUCCUUCCAUUCCGUACGAUAGAUCUAUCAACAACGAUGAGAUUCGGCAAGAAGUAACCGUUACAGAAGAUACUUCAUCCGAAGGCAAGCCACGUAAAACAACUAAGAAAAGAGUUAUUAGACGCAAAGGUAUGAGGCAACAAGUUAUUGAAGAACGUACUGUGGAAGAAGAAGGCAAAGCUCCAGUCGUUACUGUUGUUAAAGAACCAAAUGAAGAAGUUGUUACUGACGAAACCUCUCAACCAUUACCAGAUGAGACUUAUCAAACUGUUACUGUUACUGAAGAUAAGAGUCCUGAAGGUCAUGUUGUGAAGAUAACAAGGAAGAAAAUUGUACGUAAACGUGGUAAAAAGCAACAAGUUAUUGAAGAAAAAACUACUGAAGAGCAAGGCAAAGCUCCAGUCACAGAAACUGUCACACAACCUGAAGAAGAAAUUAUUUCUGAUUUGGUAGUCCAGCCACAUCCUGUUGUUCAGUUCGCAGCUACGUCAGAAUGCGAAGAAAUCCGGGAAAUAGUCACGGUUACUCAGGACACAACAAAUGUCGGGAAACCUCGUAAAAUAACAAAGAAAAAGUUAAUUCGUAAGCGAGGUACGAAACAGCAAGUUACUGAAGAACAAACAAUAGAAGAAGAAGGAAAAGCUCCAGAUACCAUUACAAUUGUACAACCUGAAGAAGAGAUUAUUCUCGAAGAAACAACUAGGCCACUACUGCUUUCCACUUUCGAUACACUUGAUGAGCUCUUAGAUGUUCCUGAAAUUCCAGACAUUAAUGAAGUUAAGAAAGUAAAACCAAAGAAGAAGAAAAUCGUUCCAAAGAAUGAUGAGAAAGGUGAAGAUCAAGCUUCAGUUCCCAUCGAAGAAAUAAUAGAAGAAGCAGUUCCAGAAGAUAUAAUCGAAAUUACACCUGAAGAAACCCACGAAAUCGUCACAAUAACUCAUCAAAAAACAACUAAAGGCAAACCAGUGAAAGUUACUAAGAAAAAGAUUAUCCGGAAAAAAGGUAAGAAACAACAAGUGAUAGAAGAAAGAACAAUUGAAGAAGACGGACAAACACCAGUAACCAAAUUUAUUGUUGAACCGGAAGAAGAGAUAAUUUACGAUCGUACGACGGGACCUCUGCCUACUCCGGCAACAGCUACACCAGUCGAGAGUGAAGAAAUUCAAGAGAUAAUGACAGUAUCUACAGAAAUUACUGACAUUGGCAAGCCACGAAAGAUUACGAAGAAAAAAGUUAUUCGCAAAAAGGGUAAUAAGCAACAGAUAACUGUCGAAAAAGUGAUUGAAGAAGAUGGAAAAGCUCCAGUUAGAGAAUCUACUGUUGAGCCUGAAGAAAUAAUUAUUUCUGAAGAUUUUGCAGCACCACUUCCAGUUUUUGCUCAUGAAAUGCGACAAGAAAAAGAAGAAAUCCAUGAAGUUGUUACAGUGACGACAGAAUGGACUAAGAAUGGAAAACCAAAGAAAAUAACAAAAAAGAAAACAAUCCAUAAAAAAGGUAAAAAGCAGCAGAUUGUAGAGGAAAAAACAGUGGAACAAAAAGGAAAGCCAUCGGUAAAAACAGUCACGAUUCUACCAGAAGAAGAAAUUAUUUCUGAAGAAAGUACAUUGCCAUUAUCGACUACCGUGCAUGUUCGGCCUUCUGAUCGUGAAGAAGUUCGACAAGAAGUUACUGUAUCAGAAGAAAUAACAGAUGAAGGAAAACCACGUAAAGUAACAAGAAAGAGAGUUAUUACAAAACGGGGUAAAAGAAUUCAAGUUUCUGAGGAAAAAGUCAUCGAAGAAGAAGGAAAAGCUCCAGUAUCUGAAGUGGUUACUGGUCCACUAGAAGAUAUCAUUUCGGAUGAGACUCUAGAGCCAAUACCUUUUGUUGAAUUCGAACAACCUAUUGUGAUUGAGGAAAUUGAAGAGCCAGUAACAAUUACAGAAGAGAAGGUUCUGGAGGAUAAAGCAGAUAAAACUCCGAAGAAGAAAAGCAAAAAGCGUCCAAAAACUGAUAAAAAACGAGUUGAAGCUACAGAAUCAGCUAUUCCGGAUGAAAUUCUGGAAGAAAUCGAUUCAGGUGUCGAAUCUGUUGAGGCAACUGAGAGCGAAGAAACACGAAAUCUAGUCACAGUUGUUGAAGAAACAUCAGAAACUGGAAAAGCACAGCGAGUCACCAAAAAGAAAGUAAUCCGUAAGAAAGGGAAAAAACAGCAGGUAACUGAAGAAAAAACUAUCGAAGAAGAUGGAAAAGCUCCAGUGAUAGAAGUAACUGAACAACCUGUAGAAGAAAUCGUACUCGAAACGACUGAAACUAUUCCUGAAGAAUCCAUUCAACCAAUAGAAGAAGAAAUCCGUGAGGUUGUUACUGUUAGUAACGAAAUAACAGACAAAGGCAAGCCUAAAAAAGUAACCAAAAAGAAAAUUAUAGUAAAGAAAGGUUCAAAACAACAAAUAACUGAAAAACAAACAGUUGAAGUGGAAGGUGAAGCUCCGGUAAUUCAAGUCGUUGUUGAGCCAGAAGAAUACGUCAUAACUGAUGAAACAAUUCAAUCAGUACCUGAUGUGGAGUAUGGUAAGCCAUCUGACACGGAGGAAGUUCGGGAAAUAGUGACGGUUACUCAGGAAACAACAGAAACUGGCAAGCCUAAGAAAAUAACUAAGAAAAAAACUAUCCGUAGGAAAGGUCAGAAACAACAAGUUACUGAAGAAAGAAUAGUUGAGCAAGAAGGUAAAGUUCCUAAAAGAUCAGUUGAGACGUUGCCUGAAGAGGAAAUCAUUCUAGAGGAGGUUACUAUGCCGAUGCCUGAAGAAAUCACUCAAGUUGUUUCUGUGAUUGAAGAUGUUACACCAGAAGGCAAACCACUACGUGUUGUUAAAAAGAAAACUAUUCGCAAAAAAGGUAAAAAGCAACAAGUUGUUGAGGAGAAGACGGUGGAAGAAGAGGGUCAAGCUCCGAUAACUGAAAUCACUGUUGAGCCGAUUGAAGAAAUAGUUGUUGAUGAAACCGUUGAAACACUUCCGUUAGAUAAAAAAAUGAAACCGAAAACGAAAAAGAAGCCUAAAGAGGUUAAACAAGUUUCAGAAGAUAUUCAAACACUGAAGGAUAAAUUGAAGCCAUUGAAAAUGAAAGUUGAAAUGCAGGAAUCAAUGCCGAAGAAAUUAGAAAUUACUUCUCCGCAACCGUUAUUUGCUAAAUUGAAAUUGAGAAAAGCUCCAAUACUUAAACCUAAAGAUAAAAAAGAUAAAUUCCCCAGAGUUCUUCUGCGCAGUCGAAUCAACUUCUUUGAGUACCCUCCGUUGAUGCAUUAUCCAAAGAUAACCUUGCUCAAGCCACAGUUCGUUCAAACGGGAGUGCUUUCACGGAACAUUGAAGAAGCUAUAAAAUUGAGAAAGAAGAAAAUGAAAAAGUUCAAACCUCAUGACUAUGAUCAGGAAGAGUUGGAGAGAUUAGAUCUAGAAUUUGAGGAAGUGAAGAAGCCUCUGGAACAACCAGAAGAAAUGGAACCUUACAAACGUAAGCCCAAGCCCGGUAAGCCUGAAGAAAAAACUGCAGAGAAGUUGAAAAUGGGUAAAGGCAAGCUUCGACCGGAUGAUGAAAGUCCAGAAGCUGUAACAUUGAAAAGAAUACCGAAAAAAGAGGAUCAAGAUGAGUCUGAAAUAAAAUUAAAACCUUCGGAUAAAAAGAAGCCUAGCGAGAAAAAGAAGCCCAAGAAGGAAAAAGAAGAGCCGGAAGGUCCUACAUUCGAACCUUAUGACAUCAAGCCAUUUGAGACUGAUCUUGAAAAGCGGGAGCCAUUGGAAGAGGGAGAAAUGCCUGUAAGUUCUAAAAAAGACGAUCAGAAAAAACCAAAACGGAUGUCUAAAAAACCUAAGCAAGAGUCAGACAAGGUUGACAUUGUUCCAGGUAAGCCUAAGCCUGGAGAUGAAGACGAAACUCCAGACUUGAAAUUGAAGUACAAACAAGGUCCAAAGCCUGAAGACAAACCAGAAGAGAUAAAAUUGAAACCAUGGAAAAAACCUAAAUCUUCAGACGAUGAAGAAAAGCCAAUUAAUGACAGUUUGCGGUUCACUCCGCAUGAUCAAGAGCAUGAUGAUACGCCGGAGGAAAUUGAAACAAUAACUACUCAGGAAAUUGUAAAGAUACCUUCAAAGAAACCGAAGAAAAUUACUACUAAACGGAUUACAAAGAAGAAAGGCGAUCAGCAACAAGUCACUGAGGUAAAGACAAUCGAAGAGGACGGAAAAGUGCCUGUUUGUUCAGUAACUGAGUAUCCUGUUGAGGAAGUUGUAUUCGAUAAGAUAGUUCCAGUUGAAUCAGAAACAUUACUCCCGACAGUUCAUGAAGAAAUUCGUGAACAAGUUACUAUUUCUGAGAUCGUUACAGAAGAAGGUAAGCCACAGAAAGUAACAAAGAAACGGACUAUCAAACGACGAGGUCAGAAACAACAGGUGGUUGAAGAAAAGACUAUUGAAGAAGAAGGUCAACAACCAAUUGUUUUGCUUAGCGAAACAAUAAACGAGGAAGUUAUCAAUGAAGAUACCUAUCAGACUAUUGAUGCCGUUGAAGAAAUAACGCCAAUUGUAACUGAAGAAACAACUGAGCAGGUUUCGGUGACGGAAACUAUCUCUGCUGAAGGUGUUCCUCAAAAACUGACUAAAAAGAAGACAAUUAAGAAAAAAGGAACCAAGCAAAAUGUGAGGGAAGAAAUUACUAUCGAAGAAGCUGGUAAGACUCCAAGGUUGAAGACAAGUGAGCAAGUAUUUGAAGAAAUUCCAUGCUUGCCUGAUCAAGAACAAAUUGAGCCAACAAUUGUGGAUGAUAUAACUGAGGACGUGCAGAUUACAGAAACUGUAACCAAAAUAGGCACGCCGAAGAAAUUCACAAAGAAAAAGACUGUUAGAAGAAAGGGAUCAGUUGAACAGGUUACUGAAAAAAUCGUUGUUGAAGAACAGGGCAAAGCUCCAGUCACUUUAACUAUCAGUGAACCGACUGAAGGAACUGUUGGGGAUGAAGAAGCUGUUGAGUUUUUGGUAACACUUGAUGGACUGGUUCCAGUUGAAGAAAUAACGCAACAAGUUAUUGUUACAGAAGAAAUUACAGAGAAAGGUAAACCUAAAAAGAUGGUGAAGAAACGUGUGACUAAGAAAGCUGGCAAGAAACAACAGGUAACAGAGACAACUUUGGUUGAAGAGGAGGGUAAAGCACCUCUGACAAGUGUAGAAGAACAACCUGUGGAGGAAAUCUUGGUUGAUGAAAUUACUGAAAUCAUACCUGUGACUGAAGAAGCAGUGCCUUCUGAAGCUGAAGAAGUGAAGGAACAAGUUGUGGUUAGUGAAGAGGUCACUUACGAAGGACAGCCAAAGAAAACAACUAAGAAACGAAAAAUCACGCGAAAAGGCAAAAAGCAAAAAGUAAUUGAAGAAAUCACAACUGAAGAAGGUGACCAAGCACCUGUAGUAGAGAUUGUUGAAUAUCCAGAGGAAGAAGUUAUUUUUGAAGAGACGAUGAAACCAUUUGAAGCUAAUGAAGUUAAGGAAGACACUGAAUUGAUUCCGAUCACUGAAACUAAAGUUGUAGAGGAAAUUACUCCACAAGGAAAACUAAAAAAGACAAGCAAGAAAAGGAAAGUUGUAAAGAAACCAGAUGAAGAGACAAAGAUCAUUGAAGAGACUAUCAUUGAAGAAGAAGGAAAAGCGCCAGUUCAGACAGUUGUAGAAAUAUCAUUAGAAGAAAUACAGCAAGAUAAAUUGAAAAAACGUACGAAAGCAAAGAAGCCUAAGAGUAAAACUGUGGAUGAGACUGAGGACAACCAAGAUGUGAAAGAAGGGCUGAAACCUCAACCAAUUAAACGGAUUAAGGAUAAAAAACCUCAGAAACCAAAGAUACAAGAACCUGAAAAGCCACAGUUUGGGUUAAUAAAGCUGAAAAAGGCUCCAGUGAAGCAAAAAGACGUUAAGAAGGGAAAGUUCCCGAAAAUUAUGCUUCGUAGCCGAAUUCAGUUCUUUGAAUGGCCACCGAGUGAAAGAACACCAAAAAUUUCUUUGUUAGAACCUAAUGAAGUUCAGAAUGGAAUCUUAUCUCACAAUGUUGAAGAAGCUCUGAAGUUGAAGAAACCUAAGCAAAAGAAAAAGAAGCCACAAGGUUUUGAUGAAACGGUAUUGGAAAAAUUGGAUACAGAGUUUGACGAAUUGAAGAAAGUUCCUUUGGAGGAGGUUGAAGAUAAAUCUAUUUAUCAGCGAAAACCAAAGAAAGAAAAGCCUGAAGAUAAAGAUGAGAGAAAAUUGAAGAUGGGUAAAGGCAAAGUUCCGAAAGAUGAAGAAGAUCAGGAACAAAUAAUACUGAAAAAGAUUCCACGGAAGCCUGAAGAAAAGCUUGAGGAAGAAAAGCCAGAGAUUCCGGCGAAGCAGAAGAAAGAAAAGAAGAAAGAUAUCCCCGAAGAUUUAGAUCAACCUAAGCUUCUUCCAUUUGAGCCACAUGAUAUUGAACACGAGAAACCUGACUUAGAAGAACGGACAGUCUCUGAACAAGAAGAUGAAGAAACACCUGUUCAAGAAAAAGAUAAAAAGAAAAAGCCUAAGCAGAAACCAAAAAAGCCGAUUGCUGAUGUAGAAAAAAUUGAAAUCAAACCUGGUAUUCCUAAGAAAGAUCAACCGGAUGAAAGUCCAGAGUUAAGAUUGAAAACUAAACAGGGACCUAAACCUGAAGAACAACCGGAAGAAAUCAAACUCAAGCCCUGGAAAAAACCAACGGAUGAGAAGUCAAUAGAAGAAAAACCUGACGAUGAGGUCAAGUUUACUCCAACUGAUAUUGUUGAUACCGUUGUCACUGAAGAAAUAAAAAAAGAACCAGGCAAAAAAUCGAAAAAGAUAAUAAAGAAGAAAAUUAUUCGAAAAAAGCAAUAUGGCAAACCAGACGUGACUGAAGAAGUUACGAUUGAAGAAGAAGGAGAGGCACCAGUUACAACCGUUUCUUCGAUUCCUCAUGAAGAAGUUGUUCUGGAAGAGAUUUCUCAAGAUUUUGUAGUUGCCGAGCAGAAAGCUCAGCCUACGAUUGUUGAGGAAACGCGUGAGGAAAUUGAAGUAUCUGAAGUUAUAACUGAAGAGGGUAGACCUAAAAAAGUCACUAAGAAACGCAAAACAACUAAAAAAGGUGAUCAUGGAAAGGUUAUUGAAGAAAUAGUAGUUGAAGAAGAAGGCAAAACACCUGAACAAACAGUUGUCGAGUAUGAUCUUCCUGAAGAAGAAAAAUCAGAUACCAAAAAGACAUCUAAGAAAAAACCAAAGAAACUGUUAAAGUCUGAUGUUACGGUAGAAAAACCGAAAGAUGAAGAAAAGCCGGUGUUGCAGAAAAUCAAAAAGGGAAGUCAAAAACCUACUGCUUUGGAAAUAAAAGAACCAGAAGUUCCUUUGUUUGCUCAGAUUAAGCUGAAGAAAGCUCAGCCUGUUCGUAAGCCCAAAGAGGAAGUCAAAAAAAAUAAAUUUCCUAAAGUGUUAUUGCGGAGCAGAAUCACAGACCAUGAGUGGCCGCCAGCUAUUGAGUAUCCAACGGUUUCAAUUAUUGAACCCAAUGAUGUUCAGUCUGGAAUUCUCUCACGUAAUAUGGAAGAAGCUUUGAAAAUCAAGAAGAAAAAACGUAAGUUGCCUAAGCCAACAGAUAAAGAACUGGCAGAUUUAGAGAAAUUGGACAAGGAAUUUGAAGAAAUCAAAAAGGUUCCAUUGGAGAAGGUUGAUGAUAAAGUACCUUACGAAAGAAAACCGAAGCCGGAAAAAGUAAAACCUGAAGAAACGGAAAAAUUGAAAAUUGGUAAAGGAAAAAUCAAACCGAAAGAAGAAGAUGAGAUAGAAAAGGUGAAAUUGAAGAAGAUACCGGAGAAAAAACCAGAAGAGCAAGAAGAACAAAAACCUGCGAAGAAAAAGAAAACUCCUGAGGAUAAAAUUAAAGAACCAAAAGAUGACAAAGAAUGUCCUGAACUUUCACCAUUCGAGCCUCAUGAUAUUCCUGAAGGUGAGGUUGAUCUAGAACAAUUUGAAAAACCUGAAUUUGAUGAUAAAGAAAAACCAGACGACAAGAAACCUGAAAAGAAACGAAAAAAGCCCAAGAAAAUGAAACCAACGCCUGAAACAGAAACUAUUCCGAUAGUUCCUGGAGUCCCUAAACCGAAAUCUGAAGAUGAACAACCAGAUAUCAAGUUUAGGAUUCCUCAGAAACCAGAACAAGAAGAAAAUCCAGAAGAAAUCACACUCAAACCUUGGAAAAAACCCGAUGACAAACCUGAUAAAGAAACAGAUGAUAGUGAUGCAAUAAAAUUCACUCCACGUGAAUUUGAAGAAGUGAUUGAAACAGUUGUUACUGAAGAAGUAGAAGACUCUGUGAGUAAAAAGCCUAAGAAAAUCACUAAGAAAAGGACAACUAAAAAACAUGGUGAAGAAAAGCCUGUAGUAACUGAAGAAAUCACUCUUGAAGAAGAAGAUAAACUCCCUGUAACAACAAUUAUCUUUGAAGAUGUACCUGAAGAUCAAGUAGAAAAUCUUGAUCUUGAGAACUUAGAUACUCCUAAAUUGGCAAAGCCUAAAGUUGUCGAAGAAACUCGUGAAGAAAUAACGGUAACAGUCGUGGAAACUGAUGAAGGUAAGCCGAAGAGAACUCGACGUAAGAAAGUAAUCAAAAAAGAUGGUGAUAAAAAGAAAAUUACUGAAGUAGUAACUGUUGAAGAAGAUGGUAAAGCACCAAUCACAAAAAUUAUUGAAACAACUGAAGACACACAACAAGUACACACAAAACUUAAACACAAAAAGCCCACACAACCAAACGAUGUCAAGUCGAGUCCAGAAGGUAUUACCGAGGAAUCUAUCAAAGAGGAUCUUAUCGAGGAAGUAGUUGAGAUAGUUGAGACACCGACCCAGAUAACAACUAAGAAGAAAAAACCAAGUAAAAAAGGAAAGAAAGAGGAAAUAGUCACGGAAGUCAUCGAAAAAGCUCAAGAACAUUCAGUCUUCAUGGAAGAGCAGCAGAUUGUAGAAAUAAAGGAAACGCCAGAAAAGAAAAUCAUUAAGAGAAGGACAUCUAUCAUUCGAGACGACGGAGUUCCUGAGGAAGUUAUCGAAGAGAUCGUUAUACUUAAGCCCAAGAAAGAAAAAGCCAAGCCGAUUGUUGAAGAGCUUGAAACUGCAAGCAUCACGGGAGUUGAAGUUAGACAAGCGCCGGAAGAGGUAGUCAAGGUUGAGGAAGAAAUAAUUGAAACUGUCGAAACACCUACUCAAAGGACUGUGAAGCGGAAAAAGAAGGCCACCAAAGAUCAGGUUGAACAAGUCGUUGAAGAAGUUAUCGUCAAAGCAGUUGAGGAGCAAAAGAUUAUGGAAGAACAGAAGAUUGUUGAGAUUACAGAGACACCUACGAAAACAGUCAUCAGAAGGAAGUCGAUUGUUAUACGCGAUGAUAAAGUUCCUGAAGAAGUUAUUGAAGAGAUUGUUCUUAUAAAGCCACAGUUGGAAAAAGCGAAACCUGUUGUAGAAGAGUUGGAUACUGCUAAAGCUACAAAGCCGAAAGUUCUCAAGGUUCCUGUUAAAGGUCAAGUUGAUGAAACGAAAGAAACAACAGAAGAAAUAGUAUUGAAAAAGCCAACCAAAGAGAAAGCUAAACCUGUGGUGGAUGAAUUGGAAACUGUUAGUAUAAGUGAGGUUGAAGUAUUGGAAAUUUUGGAAACACCAAAGACUAGGAUCACUAAAAUGAGAAAACCAGCGAAGAAAGAUAAACCUGAAGAGCUUGUUGAGAAAAUUGUUCACAAAUUGGAUGAAGAAGCGACUUUGAUGGAAGAGCAAAACAUCGUUGAAGUUAAGGAAACGCCAACUAAGACAAUAAUAAGACGGAAAUCUAUUACUAUCAAAGAUGGAGUUGCUGAAGAAACUAUUGAAGAAAUAGUAAUUCAAAAACCUAAGAAAGAACGCGCUCAUUCGAUUGUUGAUGAGCUUGGUACUGUUACUAUCAGAGAAGUUGAUGUUCGUGAAGGUCCAGUGGAGGAAACAAUCAUUGAGACUGUUGAAACUCCAUCGAAAGUUGUUGUAAAGAAAAAGAGGAAGUCUAUCAAGGAAGACAAGCCAGAAGAAAUCAUUCAGGAAGUCAUUACUAAAACGAAGAAAGAGAAGAAAGUUAUGGAAGAUCAAAAGAUUGUAGAGAUUACUGAAACUCCGGAAAAGAAGAUCAUUAAAAGGAAAACGUCUGUUGUUCGUGAUGAUGGUGUUCCUGAAGAAACUAUUGAAGAAAUUGUUAUUCACAAACCAGCUAAAGAAAAAGCAACUCCUAUUGUUGAGGAACUUGAAAUGGCCAGGAUUAUAGAGGCUGAAAUUCUUCAGGGUCCAGCAGAAAAAGAAGUGACUGUUAUUGUAGAAACUCCAACUAAGAGAGUGGUCAAGACUAAGCAACCAGCGAAGAAGGAUGAACCGGUGAAGGUUACUGAAGUUAUAACUAUGAAGCCGAUGGAGGAGACUACUUUUAUGGAAGAACAACAGAUUGUUGAGAUCACAGAAACUCCAUCGAAGAAGAUAAUCAAGAGGAAAAUUCCUACUGUUGGAGAAGAUCAAACAUCAGAAGAAACUAUUGAGGAGAUUAUUGUUUUGAAACCAACAGAAGUGAAAGCGAGAGCUAUUAUAGACGAGCUUGGUUGUGCGACAAUCAUCGAAACCGAAGUGAUUGAAGUUGUAGAAACUCCUAAAACAAGAACAAUCAAGACAAGGAAAGUAUCGAUCAAGGAUAAGCCAACCGAAAUAAUUGAACAGGUGACAAUAAAGCCUGUUGAAGAAACAACAUCCAUGGAGGAACAACAAAUCGUAGAAAUCACUGAAACUCCAGAAAGGACUGUUAUCAAGCGUAAAGUUGCAGUUACGAGAGAUGACCAAGCGCCUGAAGAAACUAUUGAAGAGAUUGUACUUCUAAAACCGAAGAAGGAGAAAGCUAAAACGGUAGUUGACGAACUUCAGACGGUUGAAGUUAGUGAAGUUGAGAUAUUGGAAGUUAUUGAAACGCCCAAGACUCGAGUUACUAAGGUGAAGAAACCAGCUAAGAAGGAUGAACCUGUCGAAGUCGUUGAAGAAGUUGUUCACAAGCCUGAAGAAGAAGCAAUUCUGAUGGAAGAACAGCAAAUUGUUGAGAUUAAAGAAACUCCAACGAAGACUAUUAUCCGGAGAAAAUCUAUUACGAUCAAGGAUGGAGUACCAGAAGAGACUAUUGAAGACAUUGUUUUGCACAAACCGAAGAAAGAACGUGCUCAUUCAAUUGUUGAUGAACUUGGUACCGUUACUAUUACAGUUACAGAUGUUCUCGAGGGUCCUGUAGAAGAAACUGUCAUCGAAACUGUUGAAACGCCGGAGAAAAUUGUGACAAAGAAGCGAAGGAAGUCUAUCAAAGAGGACAAGGUGGCUGAAGUUGUAGAGGAAGUUGUGAUCAAGCCGAAAGAAGAGCAAAAGAUUAUGGAGGAUCAGAAGAUUGUCGAAGUCGUGGAAACAACUAAGAAGAAGAUUAUCAAGAAAGUUAAAGCGGUUGUGAAUGAAGAUGGCAUGCCGGAAGAAAUAAUUGAGGAGAUUGUUAUUCACAAACCUCAGAAAGAGAAAGCUACUUCUGUAGAAGACAAGCCCGAAGAAGUUAAAGUUAGUAAGGUUAAGGUUCAAAAGGCUCCAAAGAAACCAGAAGAAAGUAAGGUUGAGAAAAUAGAAGAAACAGUAGAAGAAGUUACGCCUGAAAAACCUAAGAAGAAAAAGGCAGAAAAGGUUAUUACACCUAAAGAAAGCUUAGAGACGACGGAAGUUGUCACUGGUGUUACGAUUGAAGAACUUCCGGAUGAAGAGAAACCGAAAGAAGAAGCAGCUGCUGAAAUAGCUCCUGAAAAAGAAGAGAAACCGAAGAUUUCAGAAGUUCCAGUUAGUAAAGCUGAGGAAAAACCGAAGACUGCAAAAGUAGAAGAGGUUAAAGAACAAGUUGAAGAAGUAACACCUGAAAAGCCGAAAAAGAAGAAAAAAGCUGAAAAAACAGUCACUUUCAAUGAAAAUCUUGUCACUACUGAAAUUAUUCCAUCGAGAAGGGCUGAAGAGUUCCCUGAACUAAAGCCUGAAGAACAGAAAGCGAAACCGGUAGAGGAAGAGAAAUUAAACGGUCAUGUACCUCAAGAAGUUGUUAAAGUAAAAGUAGACGAAGAAACUACAGAAGAGGUUAAGAAAGUUAAGAAGACCAAAAAGAAAAAACCAGCUAAAAAAGCGGAUUGGGAAGAGUGGGUUGAACCUGAGUAUGAACGUCCAGUUUUAGAACCAAUGCCGGAAAAGAUUCAAUGGGAGCCGUCGAAGAAGAAAGAAGAAAAACCGGUAUCAAAAAUACCUCAGAAACUUGUCCCACAGAAAGUAGAAAGAGUUACGGCACAUAAGGCAACAAAACUUCAAUUUUCGGAGGCGAAAGAAGAAGUUCAAUUUGGAACUGUUAAAUUGAAGAAAGCAAAACCUGUUGAAAGGAAGGAAACCCCGAAAGUUGAAUUGCCGAAAUUUAUGUUGAAGAGUCGUAUUACGUUCCAUGGAGAAUAUCCACCGGAAUUGCAAUACCCGGAAUUGACAGAAAUUGAACCAAAUCCUGUUCAGUCUGGAAUUCUUUCGCGAAAUAUUGAGGAAGGGUUGAAAGUUAUCAAGAAGAAGAUGAAGAAAGUAAAAUUAUCGGAAAAAGAAGUUGUAGAGUUAGAAAAGUUAGAUAAAGAAUUUGAGGAAUUGAAAAAGGUUCCACUUGAGAAAAUUGAAGAUAAAUCUAUUUAUGAAAGGCCAGCGAAGAAACCUAAAGAAGAAGAAGAGCAGCCUAAACCUUUAGUUAUUGGUAAAGGUAAAGUUCUUGAAAAGCCUGAAGAAGUUCCAGAAGAAAUAAAAUUAAAGAAAAUUCCAGAAAAGAAACCAGAGGAGAUUGAAGAAAAACCGAAAAAGCCUAAGAAAGAACAACCAGAAGAAAAGCCCAAAGAGAAAAAAGAAAGGAAACCAUCAGUUAAAUUGGAACAUGAAGACUUCAAACCGUUAGACUUUGAGAGGCCUGAAUUGGAAAAAUAUGUUCCAGAAGAACCGGAACGUCCUGAAGAGCCUACACCUGAGGUUGAAGUAAAACCUCCGCCCAAGAAACCAAAGAAGAAGCCAGAUCAGGAAAUUGAACAGGUACCUAUUGUUCCAGGUGUUCCAAAACCACGGGAACCUGAAGAACAGCCAGAGGUCAAAUUCCGUAUACCCGAAAGACCAAAACCUGAGGAAGAACCAGAGAAGAUUACGCUCAAAGGUUGGAAAAAGGGUGAACCCGAAGAAGAAGGUGUUGAAGAGCAUCCUCAAUUGGAAAUUAAGCCACAACCAAGUGUUCCAAAACAAGAAGAAGAGGUCGAAGAAAAGGUUCCAGAAAAAGAGAAACCUAAAAAGAAAAAGAAGAAACCAGUGAAGAAAGAAAAAGAAGCAUGGGAGGAGUGGGUUGAACCUGAGUAUGAACGUCCUGUUUUAGAACCGAUGCCUGAAAAGAUAGAAUGGGAACCAUCUAAGAGAAGGAAGGAAAGUAUACCUAUGCAUCUGGAAAAACCAUCAGUUGCAGAAAUUUCGGCUCCGGAACCAGUUCCAGAGGAAGUAGCCACGUUUAAACGCAAGCCUAAGAAAGAACCUGAAGAAGUUUCUGAGGAGGUAGUUGUCAUAAAACCACAGAAGAAAGAGAUUGAAGUAACUGAAGAUGUAACAGAAGAAGUGACGUUAAAGAAGGUACCGAAAAAAGAACCGGUUAUUGAAGAAGCAGCUGAUGAGAUAGUUAUUAAAAAGCCUGUUCCUAAAGAAGUUGAAAAAGUAGUCGAAGAAGUUACUGAGGAUGUGACUAUCACCAAAAAACUGAAGCCUAAACCAAAACCAAAAAUAGACGAGGUUUCAGAGGAGAUAGUGAUCAAAAAACCAGUUCCUGAAGAGGAAGAAAAAGUCGUUGAAGAAGUAACAGAAGAAGUGACACUCAAAAAGAAGCCUAAGAUAAAGCCAACAGUUGAGGAAGCCCCUGCAGAAAUCACUAUUAAAAAGCCGGCACAAAAGGUAGAGGAAAAACCAACAGAAGAGGUCAGUCAAGAAAUAGUUAUUCCUAAAAAACCAGAGUCAAAAACAGAAGAAGCAGCUGAUGAAAUGACCAUUAAAAAACCGGUACCUCAAGAAGUUGAAAAGGUUGUUGAAGAAGUUAAAGAAGAAGUUACUAUCAAGAAGAAAACAAAAACAAAAAAGAAGCCGAAGAAAGCUGAUUGGGAAGAAUGGGUUGAGCCUGAAUACGAGCGACCGGUUUUGGAACCAAUGCCAGAGAAAAUUGAAUGGGAACCAUCCAAGAAGAGGAAAGAAAGUAUACCUAUGCAUUUGGAAAAACCAUCAGUUGCGGAGGUUUCGGCUCCGGAACCAGUUCCAGAGGAAGUAGUCACGUUUAAACGCAAGCCUAAGAAAGAACCUGAAGAAGUUUCUGAGGAAGUAGUUGUUAUAAAACCUCAGAAGAAAGAGAUUCAAGUUAUAGAAGAUGUUACGGAAGAAGUUACAUUGAAGAAGGUACCAAAAAAAGAACCGGUUGUUGAAGAAGCAGCUGAUGAAGUUACAAUAAAGAAGCCUGUUAUUGAAAAACCCGAAGAACAACCAGAAGAUGUUACUGAAGAAAUUACGUUGAAGAAGAAACCAAAGAAGAAACCAGUUAUUGAUGAAGCUGCUGAUGAAGUUACAAUCAAGAAGCCUGUUAUUGAAAAACCCGAAGAACAACCAGAAGAUGUUACUGAAGAAAUUACGUUGAAGAAGAAACCAAAGAAGAAACCAGUUAUUGAUGAAGCUGCUGAUGAAGUUACAAUCAAGAAGCCUGUUAUUGAAAACCCGAAGAACAACCAGAAGAUGUUACUGAAGAAAUUACGUUGAAGAAGAAACCAAAGAAGAAACCAGUUAUUGAUGAAGCUGCUGAUGAAGUUACAAUCAAGAAGCCUGUUAUUGAAAAACCCGAAGAACAACCAGAAGAUGUUACUGAAGAAAUUACGUUGAAGAAGAAACCAAAGAAGAAACCAGUUAUUGAUGAAGCUGCUGAUGAAGUUACAAUCAAGAAGCCUGUUAUUGAAAAACCCGAAGAACAACCAGAAGAUGUUACUGAAGAAAUUACUUUGAAAAAGAAACCAAAAAAGAAACCAGUUACUGAAGAAGCUGCUGAUGAAGUUACAAUAAAGAAACCUGUUGUUAAAAAACCUGAAGAACAAGCAGAAGAUGUUACUGAAGAAAUUACGUUGAAGAAGAAACCAAAGAAGAAACCAGUAAUUGAUGAAGCUGCUGAUGAAGUUACUAUAAAGAAGCCUGUGGUACAACCGGAGGAAGACAUUACUGAAGAAGUGACUUUGAAGAAGAAACCAAAGAAGAAAGAGCCAGUAAUUGAGGAUGCUGAAGAUACUGAAAUAACAAUUAAGAAAAAACCAAAAGCUAAAGCCCAAGUCACCGAGACAGAAGACGUUUCGACAGACAUAAAAUUAAAGAGAAAAGUUUCCAAAACAACUGUCGACGAAGCUGCAGCUGAAUUAGUCAUUGAAAAAACCGAGGAAGUCGUUGAAGAAGGCCCGGAAGAAGUAGUAGAAGAAGUCGUAGAAGAAUUCACGAUCAAACGCAAACCGCCGAAAAAAGCUCCUAAGCUGAUAGAAGAAAUAUGCGAAGACGUAACACUUAGGAAGCUUAGACCCAAGAAAAAGCGUCCAGACAUCAAGGAAGUUACUGAAACAGAAGUAGUGACCUUCCGACCUCGAUCGACAAAGACUAAAGAAGACGUUGAACAAGAGUUCAAAAUAUCUCUUAACACCUAUGAGGAAGAAGAUAUCUCAAUGUCUGGUAAGGUUCGUCUCAAACCUAAGAAACGCGCUCCAACGUACCAUGAAGAAGGUGGAGAGGAAACUAUCCGCAUUAUUCAAGGUCCCGAAGACGAUGGUCAACCGAUUGUUGAAGAAAUAAUUUAUGAUUCGGAAGAAGAGUACAGUAUCAGCGAAUUGGAAACAGAUCAAUAUAAUCUACCUCUUAGGAAGAAAAAGAAGCCUCGUCCGUACUCUGUUGAGCAAAUUGACGAGGAUGAUGUCAGGGUUAAGUUGAAGAAGGAGCGAAAGUAUUCUGUAGAAGAAACUGAUGAAUCAUUGGCACUGAAAUUGAAAUCCAAACGACGUACAUCAACGUUUGAAGAAGAAGAAGCCAGUCUCAGUAUCACUCGAGAAGGUGACAUCUAUGAAGAAGAUGAAGGAGAUUACAGUGUCCACGAUGGCGCUACAAUGUUCUCCAUUUGCUCAUACGUUGCGGAAACUGACGAAGCCAUUAAUCUGGUGGAAGGAGAAAGAGUUUACGUUAUUGAACACACCAAUACUGACUGGUGGUUUGUUAAGAAACAUUUGACUCAAGAAAAAGGAUGGGUACCAGCUCAAUAUCUUCUGGAUGAAGAACAUUACACUAUUUAUCUACAAAGAAAGCUUCAUGAAAAGAUUGAUAAACUUCCUGUCUUUGAAAAACCUGGACCAGGUGACGAAUCAUCAGCGCCGAAGUUCGUCAAGAAACUCCAACCAAUCCACACCCCCGAUGGUUACACAGUUCAAUUUGAGUGUCAAGUUGAAGGGUUACCAAGACCUCAGAUCACUUGGUUCAGACAAACAGCAAUAAUAAAACCUUCUCCUGACUUCCAAAUCUACUAUGACGAGGACAACGUUGCGACGCUUAUCAUCAGAGAAGUAUUCCCAGAAGACGCUGGAAUGUUCACAUGUGUAGCUAAGAACACAGCUGGAUUCGCUUCAAGUACAACAGAACUUACCGUGGAAGCUCCACUUUCUGAUCACGGCUCCGACAUGACAGGCCACUCGCGCAAGAGUUUGUCCCGCGAAUCAUCAUUAGCCGAUAUUCUCGAAGGAAUACCACCAACAUUCUCCCGUAAACCUAAAGCAAAAUGCGUUGACGAAAAUACCGACGUCAUUCUGGAGUGCCGAUUGGUGGCUGUGCCUGAACCCGAGAUCAUUUGGUACUAUGAAGACACCAAGAUCAUCAGCAAAGACAACGUUGUCGUCGCUACAGAGAGUGAUAUGCACAUGUACUGCAGUGUGAUGAAGAUCAAGAAGGUUACGAAGAAGCAGGAAGGACGAUACAAAGUCGUUGCUAAGAAUCGAGAAGGUGAAGCGUCUAUUGAGAUUCCACUGAAGGUUAAGACUGGCGCCCAAGAACCACCAGAAAUUUUGGAGCCUUUGAAACCAUUCGUCGUUCGUGAAGGAGAAACAGUAGUUCUGUCUACGCAGAUCGUUGGUACUCCAGCUCCAAAGAUCACCUGGUUGAAGGACGGUAAACCUCUUAAAGGAUUAACUCCAACCAAAGAUGGCGAUGUUAAUACUUUGACAAUCAUUCAGCCAAAACUUUCCGACAAAGGAGAGUAUUCUUGCGUCGCCACCAAUGAUCUGGGUACUGCAGAAACUAAAGCUACUCUUACUGUUGAAGAAACGCCCAGUGGCGCUCCAGAGCCACCACUCUUCACGCAACGAUUCCAAGAGCUGACAGUUCCUGAAAAAGGAACAUUCAAAUUAGUCGCUAAAGUUACUGGCAAUCCUGUACCAGAAGUAACAUGGCUGAGAAACAACAAGCCAUUAGGAAAGUCUCCUAACAUCAAAGAAACUUACGACGGUGAGAACAUCACUCUAGAGAUCAAAAACGCAGACUCUGAAGUUGACUCCGGAGAUUACAAAUGCACUGCCAGCAACCCUGUUGGAAAGGCAUCGCAUGGCGCUAAAGUCACUGUCGACGUUCCCAGAGUGACGUUUACCAAGAAACUUCCCGAAGAAUUGUCUGUUGAUGAGUACAGAACACUUGAACUAACUUGCGAAACAUCACACACAAUGUCAACGACCUGGUGGUACAAUGACAAAGAAAUCAGUGGCAUGGAUCACCGUGAAGUUAUUGAAGAAGGUCGAGUUCAUAAGCUUGUUAUAAAGAAAACAAGCGCCACUGACGAGGGUACUUACAAAUGCACUGUCAAGAACCAAAGUACUACUUGUACUGUUCAAGUCAAACCCACCAAGCCAGAAUUUGUCAAGAAACUACAGGACUUUGAGGUGAUUGAGAAAGAGGUUGCUAUUCUGGAAGUUGAAAUCACUUCGCAAACUGCUGACGUCAUUUGGAAGAAGGAUGGCGAGCCUUUGAAACCUCGUGAUGAUAAGGUUGAGUUCGUAAAAGAUGGGUCAGUUAGAAAAUUGCUCAUCAGAAGUACUUCUGUGCAUGACGAAGGCGAGUACAGCUGCACUCUCCUGGACGAAGAAUGUUCUGCAGAAGUUACUGUUGUCGAAUUACCACCUGAGAUAAUAACAAAGAUGAAGGACGUAAGAAUAGCACGAGGUGACAAAGCCAAGUUCAACAUCGAGCUGACUAAAGGUGACGCUUUGGUGCGUUGGUUCAAGGACGGACAAGAGCUUCAGUUUUCUGAACACGUUAGCCUAUCGAUUGACGGCAAGCGUCAGAAAUUGAAGAUAUACGAGGCAACUUCUGAAGAUGCUGGAGUUUACUCUUGCCAAGUUGGAGAACAGACAUCAGCAGCGCGACUUAUCGUAGAAGAACCAGAGAUUGACUUUAUUCGACGACUACCCGACGUAACUUUAGUGCCUCUGGAUGAAGACGCGCUCUUCACAAUCGAAUUGUCUAAACCUGACGUGCCUGUUCAGUGGUUCAAGAAAGGUGUUCCUAUCAAGGAGUCUGCCAAGUAUACGAUAAUCGACGAGGGCAGAGUCAAGAAAUUGAUUGUCAGUGACUGCAGUGUAGAUGACGCUGUUGAGUACAGCGCAGUCGUGCUAAAUGUCAAAACAUCUUCGAGAUUGAAGGUAGAAGUUGUCGAAGCUCCACCCAAGAUUUCGAUAGAGUCACCGAAGAAGUACAGAGUGAAGAAAGGACAUGAUGUUGAUAUGACUGUCAGAUUCUCAGCAGCUCCUAAGCCAACUGACGAGUGGACCGUUGAUGGCCGCGUUAUUGUCAAGUCUAAGAGGAUCAUCAAGACUUGCGACGAAGAGUCUGCUACUUUGACUAUCAAGAAAGUCGAAGAGAAAGAUGUGGGUGAUUACACACUGAAGUUAGUCAAUACUCACGGUGAAGCCAGCACUGAAAUAAAGCUUAUCAUUGGCCGCGAGCCUGGUAAGCCUGAAGGACCUUUGGUCGUUAAGAACAUCAGGCAUGAUCGCGUUACUAUCCAAUGGAAGCCUCCGAAAGAUGACGGUGGCUAUGAUAUCACCGAGUACAUCAUAGAGAAAUGCGAAAAGACCAAGAAGACUUGGACGAGAAUCACUGAAGUCACGGAAGAAACUUUGACUUAUGAAAUUGAAAAUCUUAACAAGGAUAUUGAGUACAUUUUCAGGGUGAUUGCAAGAAAUGAAGUCGGACCAUCAGAACCCUUGGAAUCCGAGCCGGUGACUAUGAAAUCGACGUUUGACAAACCUGGAGCGCCUCAAGGACCACUUGAAGUUUCGGGAAUGACCAAGACGUCGUUUACUAUUAUGUGGAAUCCACCGGAAAGCGAUGGAGGCAGUCCUAUCAUUGAGUACAACGUGGAAAUGAAAGAAACUAGCAAGAAGAGCUGGACGAAAGUUGGCACUACCAAGGAAGACAUCACUUAUAUCAGUGUAUCAGAUUUGAAGACAGAUGCGGCUUAUGAAUUCAGGAUAACUGCUACUAAUGCUAUUGGUACUGGUCCUCCGUACUUGUCGGAGGAGCCUAUUGUCACAGGAAAACGAAUCACGCCGCCAUCAUGUCCGCUCAAUUUCCACGUGGAAAACAUAACUAGUAAGAGUGUAACUCUUAAUUGGUCACCACCUGCAAGCACAGGAGGCUCCGAAUUAACUGGAUAUGUGAUUGAGAAGAGGCCGCUUAUUGGCAAAGGAUCUAAGUGGAUAAAAGUAGUGACAUUAGACGCUACAACACAUUCUUACUGCGUCGAAAACCUCAAGGAAAGUGAGUUCCUGUUCAGAAUAUUUGCUGAAAACAGUAUAGGGCUCAGUACGCCGGCCAUUUCUGAGCCUGUUACACUGAAGACUCAUGCAAACGUUCCAUCACCACCAACUGCACCACUAGAAAUCCGACAGAUCGCUGCAAACACUGUAGUGAUAGAAUGGGGACGACCUGAAUCUGACGGCGGUUCGCCAUUAGAAGCCUAUAAAAUUGCAAUAAGAGAUACAAAGAAGACAAUGUGGAUAGAAGUUGGCCGCGUUAAUGCAGACAUUCAAAAACUUAACGUACGUGAUCUCCAAGAAGGCCAUGAAUACCUUAUGAGGAUUUAUGCAAAAAAUGAAGUAGGAUUCAGUGAACCACUUGAGUCUGAUGAACCCGUUAAAAUAGUUCCUGCAUCUGAUUUAGCGGUAAUAGAACCAAUCGCCGAAGCAACAGAACGAGGGGAAACAGCAUCCGUGAGUUACAGCACAGAAAACACAAGUUCUUGGCUUCGAGAUCACAAUAUGGAUGCGGAUAUAAGUUCUUAUGCACGCGCGCGUCUUCUGAGAAAGGACGAAUACUUUUUCCGAAUAUGGCACUACGCCAAGAAGCUUUUUAAAUAAGCAUUUCCAGAAUUCUAUCUCAAAUCAAUUGUUUUUUUCUUUUUUAUGGUCAGCCUAAAAGAUUUAGCAAGCUGAUGUGAAAGGUAAAGUAGAAUGCGAAUUGAUCAGCUUUCGAUAAUUGAUUAUCAAAUAUUAUUUAAUUUUUGGUUAGUUACCGUGUAUAUAAGUUAUGAUAAAUUAUAAAUUAUAAAUAAAAGUAUAAAUUUAUAAAAGGACGAGUGUAAAAUCUAGUCAAACAGUUUAAAUAAUCGUUAAUUGUGUAAUCGCAAACGAUGGAAUAACCUUAACCUCUAUUAUAUGGACAAUCAACUUUUACGAUGAGAUCCUCUUUAAUUAUUUAUUUUAAAAUUACUGCUCAUUUAUUAUUUAUCCAUUAAAGCUCAUUAAUUAUUUAUAUUUAUGAUUAAUAAUUAAUUAUCACAUUUUUUGUGGCUUGUCCAUAGCCAAGAGAUUUUGAAAAAUGUAUUCUUUAUUAAAAAUUAUAUUAAAUAUGUAAAAGUAAUAUAAAUAUUUCUAUUUGAUGAAUGAAAGAAAAACGUCUACGUCGUGAUCUUUCAAUAUCUGAGUGGAGAGGAUUAAUUAUAAGUAUUUAUUGUUAAUGUAUUUAAUUAUCGUAUGUGUAAUUAUUAUUAAUAUUAAUGUAAACUAUUAUUGUAUAACGGCAAUAAGUCAAAUGUCAUUUAUAAGUGUAAUUCAAUUAAUUGAGAGUUAUAAAUACUGAAAAUAAUAAAAAAGACGAUCGGUGUUUAUGCCACGUGAUAUUGGUACCCCGAGACGUAAAUAUAGGUGCGAAAUUCCAUCAUUGCAUUCACCAAUGUUAUGUCGCAUGCUCCGAGUCUUUUUUAUUAGAGUUGUGAAUAAUAAACGACUGUAAAUUAUGGGA